AUGUCCUUCGCUGAGACAGAGGAGAGUGAGAGCCAAGGGGCCCCGGAGCACAGCACUGCACAACACAGCAUCAACUCACUGUACGAAGUGGACACAGCUGAGGUAGAAUGGACACCACAGCCACUGAGCCACACCUGACCUGGUCAGUGAGAGGGGGUCUAGAAAAGAGAAUAGUGUCCCCCAAACCCCCUCAGAGAUGUGUACAGUACUAGACUUCCUGCUAGAUCUCUCACUGUUAGUAAACAUAAACUCAUACACUGACCAAAAGCAUUAGGCUUACAGUGGGUCAUAGAUCUCUCUCUGCUCUAGUCUCUCUCUCUCUCUCUCUCUCUCUCUCUCUCUCUCUCUCUCUCUCUCUCUCUCUCUCUCUCUCUCUCUCUCUCUCUCUCUCUCUCUCUCUCUCUCUCUCUCUCUCUCCCUCUCUCUCUCCCCCUCCCUCUCUCUCAUUCUGCUAGUCUGUUUAGGGUUCAUUAGGGCAACUUCAGUCAUAGUGACAACACGAUACUCACGCGCCCCCGUCCCAAUGUCACUUCUGCUGUCUCCCAGGCGACCGGUGACCAGGGGGAGAUCUGUACUAAAGACAGAAAAAAGAGAUGGAUGGAUGGAGAGAGAUAGAGAGAGAGAGAGAAAGUCAAAGAGUGGCUCGUCAUCACAUAAAGGGAGAGGUCGUAUGCUCUGGCGAUAAAAAAGCAGCUCAAUUAGAUGGUUAGCCAUCGGUGUCCAUGUCUCCUAGGGGGUUCAUUACACUUCACUCCUAUCUGCUGCCUGCUACCAACACAGAAAAAAUGCAUUAAUAAAAAUUGCGCUCUUGCGUAACGAUAGCCAGUUAUAGAGGGGUUAGCACUGUUUCAGCAGGGUCAUUUGGUGUGUGUGUGCAUGCGUGUGUUUGUGUUCCUGUGUGCUCAGGGCCAUAUGUAAUGUGAAGUAUAAAGGGUGUUUUUCUAUAAUAAACCACCCAGCCCAACCUUAGCCCAGCAGAGUGAAGUGAACAUUUGUGUCUCCCAAAGGUGACAAUAACGUGAUCUCCCUAAUAACAUGAUCUCCCUAAUGCUCUGGACUACUGGGCCCACUCGGCCAAUUUAGAGGAGAGCUGAAGUAGACUCUCCUAUCAAAGAGCUGUUUUUACCUCAGGAAUGCUAAGAAUGUGGUUCACCACCUAAGCCCACUACAGUGACACAGCAUCAUCAAUACUACAUGACUAGAGAUCCCAGAUUGCAACAGGCCCCAUAAUGCUGCAGUUUCGUCCAUGUAACUGACCCUAUUGAACUACGAGCAAAUAAUGAAUAAACUACUACAAUUAACUUCUACAUUUCACACAGUGCAGCUAGAGUUCUCUUGAGUUUUCAAUAAGUCUUUCAUUGCAGACACUUACAGUAGGAAGUAGCUUAAAGGUUAAAAAGUGUGUCUUAAGAUGACAGACCAACUCUGGCUGACACUUGCUGCUGAAAAUUAAUGCCAAGUCACUUCAUGAUUGAAUUGGAGUCGUCCCCAUGAAGGAUGGGAUUGAAAGACAGGACCCAUGCAGGGUUCUCCCCUUGAUUUUUUAACAAGGUGGUGCUGCUGAGUACGGUGGGGGCUUUAAAAAAAACCCUGGCUUUAAAUGAAAACAUUAUUGUAUUUAUUACAUAGUGACGCAGCCAGUGCACAAGGUGGCGCAGUGCCACUCUUACAUUAUUUGGGGAGAACUGUGCCCUACCAACUGUAGGCCUACUGCCAGAGGGAAAUAACAUACUGAAGUUGUGUCUGUUCACUGAACCAAGGUUAAUAUAAUUUUCUUAUUUUAUAUUCAUUUUUAUUUCUAUUAGUUAACAUGUUUUCUGAUUUACUCGUUUUUAUUCAGUAAAGAAAAAAGUUUAUAUUUAGUUUUAUAUUUAGUUUCAGUUUAAAUUUUAGUGUUAGGGGCAGGAAGUAGCAUAUGCAUGGGAGGCUGGGAGCCAUUUAUGUGUUUUAUAGUUUGUGUAUUUUUUGGGAUGUCAGUUUUUGCCACCGUGGGCCAGUAAUGCAUAAGGUGAUGGGUCAGGUCAUAGGUUAGGUUAGGUUUAAAGGUAAACUCAGCGAGAUGACAUACAGUGCCUUCGGAAAGUAUUCAGAUCCCUUAACUUUUUCCACAUUUUGUUACGUUACAGCCCUUUAAAAAAAAUGGAUUUAAAAAAAUCAUCCUCAGCAAUCUACACACAAUACCCCAUAAUGACAAAGCGAAAACAGAUUUUUAUACAUUUUUGCAAAUUGAUACAAAAAUAAAAACAGCAAUACCUUAUUUAAAUAAGUAUUCAGACCCUUUUCUAUGAAACUCGAAAUUGAGCUCAGGUGCAUCCUGUUUCCGUUGAUCAUCCUUGAGAUGUAUCUACAACUUGAUUGGAGUCCACCUGUGGUUAAUUCAAUUGAUUGGACACACCUGUCUACAGUUGAAGUCAGAUGUUUACAUACACCUUAGCCAAAUACAUUUAAACUCAGUUUUUCACAAUUCCUGACAUUUAAUCCUAGUAAAAAUGCCCUGUCUUAGGUCAGUUAGGAUCACCACUUUAUUUUAAGAAUGUGAAAUGUCAGAAUAAUAGUAUUUUAUUUAUUUAAGCUUUUAUUUCUUUCAUCACAUUCCCAGUGGGUCAGAAGUUUACAUACACUCAAUUAGUAUUUAGUAGCAUUGCCUUUAAAUUGUUUAACUUGGGUCAAACGUUUCGGGUAGCCUUCCACAAGCUUCCCACAAUAAGUUGGGUGAAUUCUGGCCCAUUCCUCCUGACAGAGCUGGUGUAACUGAGUCAGGUUUGUAGGCCUUCUUGCUCGCACAUGCUUUUUCAGUUCUGCCCACACAUUUUCUAUAGGAUUGAGGUCAGGGCUGUGUGAAAGCCACUCCAAUACCUUGACUUUGUUGUCCUUAAGCCAUUUUGCCACAACUUUUGAAGUAUGCUUGGGGUCAUUGUCCAUUUGGAAGACCCAUUUGCGACCAAGCUUUAACUUCCUGACUGAUGUCUUGAGAUGUUGCUUCAAUAUAUCCACAUAAUUUUCCUUUCUCGUGAUGCCAUCUAUUUUGUGAAGUGCACCAUCCCUCCUGCAGCAAAGCAUCCCCACAGCAUGAUGCUGCCACCCCCGUGCUUUACGGUUGGGAUGGUGUUCUUCAGCUUGCAAGCAACCCCCUUUUUCCUCCAAACAUAAUGAUGGUCAUUAUGGCCAAACAGUUAUAUUUUUGUUUUAUCAGACCAGAGGACAUCUUUGUCCCCAUGUGCAGUUGCAAUCCGUAGUUGUCACGCCCUGGCUCUGGGGACUCUUAUAUGUUGAGCCAGGGUGUGUAGGGUCUAUGUUUUGUGUUCUAUGUUCAGUUUCUAGUUCAUGUGUUUUCUAGGUUGGCCGGGGUGGUUCUCAAUCAGAGGCAACGAGAAUCAGCUGUUGCUUGUUGUCUCUGAUUGGGAACCAUACUUAGGCAGCCUGUGGUGCACUUGUGUUUUGUGGGAUCUUGUUCCGUGUUGGUUUGUGUUGUUAACCGAGGACUUCACGUUUCGUUUUGUUGUUUUGUAUUUUGUAUCGUGUUGCCAGUACACUAUUAAAAAGAUGUACGCAUAUCACGCUGCGCCUUGGUCCAAUCAUUAUGACGAUCGUGACAGAAGAUCCCACCAAUACAGGACCAAGCAGCGUGCCCAGGAGCAAUCACCGGAGGUAACGUUAGUGGAUGUCCUCCUCGGUUGGGGGCAGAUCACAGAGGAGGAGGCCGUCCGUUACCGGAGGGCGAUGAAGGGGGAGACCCAGGCAGGAGAGGAGAAGCGGCGCCAACCGGGCCGUCGUCGGACAGGCGAGAGGCACCCCCAAUACAUUUUUUUUGGGGGGGGCACAUGGCAUGGACGACGGGGCUGCUGGAGUCAGAUAAAGGGCGAGUUUGUGGACGAGGAGAGAAGGCCACCAGGUUACGGGGGCCAUUGGUCAUUAGAGGGAAGGAAAGUGUAGAGGCACGGCGAGAGGUACUGAGGUGUGUUACCAGUCCGGUCCGGCCCGUUCCUGAUCCCCGCACAAGGCCAGUGGUGUGUGUUCCCAGUGCGGUCCGGCCUGUUCCUGUCCCUCGCACCAAGCCUGUGAUGCGCGUCGCCAGCCCGGCCCGGCCUGUUCCUGCCCCUCGCACCAAGCCAAUGGUGCGCGUCGCCAGCCCGGCCCGGCCCGUUCCUGCUCCCCGCACCAAGCCAAUGGUGCGCGUUGCCAGCCCGGCCCGGCCCGUUCCUGCUCCCCGCACCAAGCCUAUGGUGCGCGUCGUCAGCCCGGCCCGGCCUGUUCCUGCUCCCCGCACCAAGCCUGUGGUGCGCGUCGUCAGUCCGGCACAGCCCGUGCCUGUUUCACCGGUGCCUGGUCAAUCCGCUCCACCGAUGUCCAGUCCAGCUCCAACCAGCGGGACCAGACCAGGGGCGCUACGGGGGGGUUGUUAGAGGGUGGUGGUCACACCCGGCCCCUCCCCUGUUGGGUUUAUGUUGGUGCGGUCGCAGUCCGCGCCUUUGUGGGGGGGGGUACUGUCACGCCCUGGCUCUGAGGACUCUUAUAUGUUGAGCCAGGGUGUGUAGGGUCUAUGUUUUGUGUUCUAUGUUCAGUUUCUAGUUCAUGUGUUUUCUAGGUUGGCCGGGGUGGUUCUCAAUCAGAGGCAACGAGAAUCAGCUGUUGCUUGUUGUCUCUGAUUGGGAACCAUACUUUGGCAGCCUGUGGUGCACUUGUGUUUUGUGGGAUCUUGUUCCGUGUUGGUUUGUGUUGUUAACCGAGGACUUCACGUUUCGUUUUGUUGUUUUGUAUUUUGUAUCGUGUUGCCAGUACACUAUUAAAAAGAUGUACGCAUAUCACGCUGCGCCUUGGUCCAAUCAUUAUGACGAUCGUGACAGUAGUCUGGCUUUUUUAUGGUGGUUUUGGAGCAGUGGCUUCUUCCUUGAUGAGUGGCCUUUCAGGUUAUGUCGAUAUAGGACCCGUUUUACUGUGGAUAUAGAUACUUUUAUACCUGUUUCCUCCAGCAUCUUCACAAGGUCCUUUGCUGUUGUUCUGGGAUUAAUUUAGUACGUUCAUCUCUAGGAGACAGAACGCGUCUCCUUCCUGAGCGGUAUGACGGCUGUGUGGUCCCAUGGUGUUUAUACUUGCGUACUAUUGUUUGUACAGAUGAACGUGGUACCUUCAGGUGUUUGGAAAUUGCUCCCAAGGAUGAACCAGACUUGUAGAGGUCUACAAUUUUCUUUCUGAGGUCUUGGCUGAUUUCUUUUGAUUUUCCCAUGAUGUCAAGCAAAGAGGCACUGAGUUUGAAGGUAGGCCUUGAAAUACAUCCAUAGGUACACCUCCAAUUGAUUAAAAUGAUGUCAAUUAGCCUAUCAAAAGCUUCUAAAGCCAUGACAUCAUUUUCUGGAAUUUUCCAAGCUGUUUAAAGGCAUAGUCAACUUAAUGUAUGUAAACUUCUGACCCACUGGAAUUGUGAUACAGUGAAUUACAAGUGAAAUAAUCUGUCUGUAAACAAUUGUUGGAAAAAUUACUUGUGUCAUGCACAAAGUAGAUGUCCUAACCGACUUGCCAAAACUAUAGUUUGUUAACAAGAAAUUUGUGGAGUGUUUGAAAAACGAGUUUUAAUGACUCCAACCUAAGUGUAUGUAAACUUCUGUCUUCAACUGUAUAUAAGGUCCCACAGUUGACAGUGCAUGUCAGAGCAAAAACCAAGCCAUGAGGUCGAAGGAAUUGUCCGAAGAGCUCCGAGACAGGAUUGUGUCAAGGCACAGAUCUGUGGAAGGGUACCAAAACAUUUCUGCAGCAUUGAAGGUCAUAAGAACACAGCAGCCUACAUCAUUCUUAAAUGGAAGAAGUUUGGAACCACUAAGACUCUUCCUAGUGCUGGCUGCCCAGCCAAACUGAGCAAUCGGGGGAGAAGGGUCUUGGUCAGGGAGGUGACCAAGAACCCGAUGGUCACUCUGACAGAGCUCUAGAGUUCCUCUGUGGAGAUUGGAGAACCUUCCAGAAGUAAAACCAUCUCCGCAGCACUUCACCAAUCAGGCCUUUAUGGUAGAGUGACCAGACGGAAGCCACUCCUCAGUAAAAGGCACAUGACAGCCUGCUUGGAGUUUGCCAAAAGGCACCUAAAGACUCUCAGACCAUGAGAAACAAGAUUAUCUGGUAUGAUUAAUCCAAGAUUGAACUCUUUGGCCUGAAUCAUCAUGCUGUGGAAUGUUUUUCAGCGGAAGGGACUGGGAUACUACUCAGGAUCGAGGGAAAGAUGAACAGAGAAAAGUACAGAGAGAUCCUUGAUGAAAACCUGCUCCAGACGCUCAGGACCUCGAACUAGGGCGAAUGUUCGCCUUCCAACAGGACAACAACCCAAAGCACACAGCAAAGACAACGCAGGAGUUGCUUCGGGAAAAGUCUCUGAAUGUCCUUGAGUGACCCAGCCAGAGCCCAGACUUGAACCCGAUCUAACAUCUCUGGAGAGACCUGAAAAUAGCUGUGCUGCAACGCUCCCCAUCCACCCUGACAGAGCUUGAGAGGAUCUGCAGAGAAGAAUGGGAGAAACUCCCCAAAUACAGGUGUGCCAAGCUUGUAGCGUCAUACUCGAUGCUGUAAUCGCUGCCAAUGGUGCUUCAACAAAGUACAAAUUAAUGGGUCUGAAUACUUAUGUAAAUGUGAUAUUUCUGUUUAGAAAUAUAAAAUGUGCAAGAAUUUGUAAAAACCUGUUUUUGCUUUGUCAUUAUGGGGGUGGAUGAGGGGGCGAAAAAUAAUUUAAUCAAUUUUAGAAUAAGGCUGUACCCUAACAAAAUGUGGAAAAAGUAAAGGGUUCUGAAUACUUUCCAAAUGCACUGUAGAUGCACCAAAUAAACAGUAUUAGUGGGUGAAUUUCCUCAGUAACCAUGAGCUUUGAAGCGUGAGGUUAAACGUCUCAGCUGUUUUGGUCCAAUAGCUACCACAUUGUAGCGGUGUGAAGUGCACCCGGGCACAUGCGCAAACACUCUGUUUGACUGACUUGCAUUACUCUCAUCUCAAUGGGCACGUUCCGCUGCUUAGACGUAGCUGACGCCUGCCAGAUCUUACAACAUCUGGAUAGGUAUUUUACGUAUCAGCUAACCACAUCAUGGUCGCGUUCCCCUGUUUAGAUGUUGCAUGCGUCAACCAAUGGUUGCAUAUCACGUUAUUGACUGUGCAGUCGGCACAAGACUGCUAUAUCAUAUGAUGUGGUUAGAUGAUCAAAUCAAAUUAAAUUGUAUUUGUGACAUGCGCCGAAUACGACAGGUGACCUUACAGUGACAUGCUUACUUACAAGCCCUUAACCAACAAUGCAGUUUUAAGUAAACAAUAGAUAAGUAAAAAAUAAAAGCAGUAAAAUAACAGUAAAAAUAACAGUAGCGAGGCUAUAUACAGGGGGUGCCGGUACAGAGUCAAUGUGCGGGGGCACCGGUUAGUCAAGGUAAUUGAGGUGAUAUGUACAUGUGGUAUAGUUAAAGUGACUGCAUAGAUCAUACAUUUAGAGUAGCAGCAGCAUAAAAGAGGGGGUGGGGGGACAGCGCAAAUAGUCCGGGUAGCCAUUUGAUUAGCUGUUCAGGAGUCUUAUGGCUUGGGGGUAGAAGCUUUUAAGAAGCCUUUUAGAACUAGACUUGGCGCUCCGGUACCGCUUGCCGUCUGUUAGCAGAGAGAACAGUCUAUGACUAGGGUGGCUGGAGUCUUUGACAAUUUUUAGGGCCUUCCUCUGACACUGCCUGGUAUAGAGGUCCUGGAUGGCAGGAUACUUGGCCCCAGUGAUGUACUGGGCCGUACGCACUACCCUCUGUAGUGCCUUCCGGUCGGAGGCCGAGCAGUUGCCAUACCAGUCAGUGAUGCAACCAGUCAGGAUGCUCUCGAUGGUGCAGCUGUAUAACUUUUUGAGGAUCUGGGGACCCAUGCCAAAUCUUUUCAGUCUCCUUAGAGGGAAUAGGCUUUGUCGUGCCCUCUUCACGACUGUCUUGGUGUGUUUGGACCAUGAUAGUUUGUUGGUGAUGUAGACACCAAGGAACUUGAAGCUCUCAACCUGCUCCUCUACAGUCCCGUCGAUGAGAAUGGGGUCGUGCUUGAUCCUUCUUUUCCUGUAGUCCACAAUCAUCUCCUUUGUCUUGGAUCACGUUGUGGGAGAGGUUGUUAUCCUGGCACCACACGGCCAGGUCUCUGACCUCCUCCCUAUAGGCUGUCUCAUUGUUGUCGGUGAUCAGGCCUACCACUGUUGUGUCGUCGGCAAACUUAAUGAUGGUGUUGGAGUCGUGCCUGGCCAUGCAGUCAUGGGUGAACAGCGAGUACAGGAGGGGACUGAGCGCACACCCCUGAGGGGCCCUUGUGUUGAGGAUCAGCGUGGCAGAUGUGUUGUUACCUACCCUUACCACCAGGGUGUUGGCCCGUCAGGAAGUCCAGGAUCCAGUUGCAGAGGGAGGUGUUUAGUCCCAGGGUCCUAAGGGAUAAUGGUGUUGAUGUGAGCCAUGACCAGCUUUUCAAAGCACUUCAUGGCUACAGACUUGAGUGCUACAGGUGUGUAGUCUUUUAGGCAGGUUACCUUAGUGUUAUUGUGCACAGGGACUAUAGUGGUCUGCUUGAAACAUGUUGAUAUUACAGACUCAGUCAGGGACAGGUUGAAAAUGUCAGUGAAGACACUUGCCAGUUGGUCACCGCAUGCUCGGAGUACACAUCCUGGUAAUCUGUCUGUCCCUGCGUCCGGAUGUUGACCUGUUUAAAGGUUUUACUCAUAUCGGCUAUGGAGAGCGUGAUCACACAGUCGUCCGGAACAGCUGAUGCUCUCAUGCAUGCUUCAGUGUUGCUUGCCUCGAAGAGAGCAUAGAAGUGAUUUUUCUCGUCUGGUAGGCUCGUGUCACUGGGCAGCUCGCGGCUGUGUUUCCCUUUGUAGUCUGUAAUAGUUUGCAAGUCCUGCCACAUCCGACUAUCGUCAGAGCCGGUGUAAUACUAUUAAAUCUUAGUCCUGUAUUGACGCUUUGCCUGUUUGAUGGUUUGUCGGAGGGCAUAGCGAGAUUUCUUAUAAGCGUCCAGGUUAGAAUCCGGCUCCUUAAUAUCGGCAGCUCUACCCUUUAGCUCAGUGCAGAUGUUGCCUGUAAUCCAUUGGUUGGGGUAUGUACUUACGGUCACUGUGGGGACGACGUCAUCGAUGCACUUAUUGAUGAAGCCAUUGACUGAUGUGGUGUGCUCCUCAAUGCCAUUAAAACUACUAAUUAGAACAGUAUCUUUCAAUGUAAUAACAAAACAACUCACAAUGUUCUAUUGAACUCAUUGUGUAAAAAAAAAAGUUUAUGAGUCAGGGUUUGGGACAGGCACCUCUUAAUAUAAAUAUGUGUAUAAACACUUCUACAGAAGUGGUGCAAAUUGCAGUCCCACCCCAAAAAAGUCUCCAAACUAAGGAUAUUUAUUUACAUCAUGAUACGUUCUUAUUCAAUCGAAGGCAAUAACAAACAUAUUUUUAAAUGAAUAUAGCACUACUUUUGACCAGAGCCCUAUCGGUAUGUACUACUAUGUAGUGAAUAGGGUGCCAUUUCAGAUUCAGCCUCUCUAUGUCUUAAUUAGCUUGUUGAAUGGAACAUGACAUGUAAGUGUUUUCAUAAUCCCUGGAACAGUUUCAUAAUCCCUGGAACUGAGAAGCAUGCUCUGAUACACAACACAAUGCCUGGCCUCUACAUUUGUUAACAAGCUAAGUAACACGAUUACAGUCCACAUGUAGUGUUCAUUUAGCUGGGGAGGAAGGAGUCCCCUUGCCUUGUCACAUUAAGGCAUGUCUGCCUGGUGUUCCCGCGCCAGAUAGCUCUCUGCUCUGUCUCUCACUCUCUCUCUCUCUUGCUCUGUCUGCAGUUCAGUUGGGAUAGGAGGAUUGCAGGCAUCAACUGUAUACUAUAGACCCUCUGCUGCUCAACUCUCACUCUCUCUCUCUCUCUCUCUCUCUCUCUCUCUCUCUCUCUCUCUCUCUCUCUCUCUCUCUCUCUCUCUCUCUCUCUCUCUCUCUCUCUCUCUCCUUGUCUCUUACUCUCCCCCAAUGUUUGUAACUGGUUAUUUCUCCCCUCCUUCUCCCCCCAUCACUCUAUCCCUUUAGGUUAUAGCAGAGGACAAGAAGAAGGACGACAAUACCACCAAUGGUAAAGACCAUCUCAAUUCCACCCAACCACCACACAGUACAUACACUACAUCAUACCACAGCGCUAUACACUGAUCAGUCUGAUUCUUUACUAUCACUGAAAGUGACAAGAAGAUAUUGUGAAAACCAACCUAGAUUUCAUUAAUGGUACUUUAAGAAGUGCAUCCAUUGAUUUGAUGGUGGUUUGUAAAGCUACUGGAUGUCACUAUUAGUGUAAUGUACAGAUGUGUUUAGGAGUCGUGUGUCUUUUUCUCCUUCCUCUUCCCCCCUUCCUCUCCUCCUUCCUUCCCUCCUUUGGUUCCUUGGCUGAGACUCUUUGAAGAUGCAUCUGGAAUGAUGCCUUAUGACAACCGUCCAAUUAUCCAGCCUCCCUCUUCCUCUCUUUUUGUUGCUUAGUAACACCUGACAUUGGAGGAACAGGACGACCAUUGCUCAGCACGGUGCUUUGCCUAUAGCCCUAUAUACACUACCGUUCAAAAGUUUGGGAUCACUUAGAAAUGUCAUUGUUUUUGAAAAAAAUUAUUGUCCAUUAAAAUAACAUCGAAUUGAUCAGAAAUACAGUGUAGACAUUGUUAAUGUUGUAAAUGGCUAUUGUAGCUGGAAAUGGCUGGUUUUUAAUUGAAUAUCUACAUAGGCGUACAGAGGCCCAUUAUCAGCAACCAUCAGUCCUGUGUUCCAAUGGCACGUUGUGUUUGCUAAUCCAAGUUUAUCAUUUUAAAAGGCUAAUUGAUCAUUAGAAAACCCUUUUUGCAAUUAUGUUAGCACAGUUGAAAACUGUUGUGUUGAUUAAAGAAGCAAAAAAACUGGCCUUCUUGAGACUAAUUGAGUAUCUGGAGCAUCAGCAAUUGUGGGUUCGAUUACAGGCUCAAAAUGUCCAGAAACAAAUAACUUUCUUCUGAAACUCAUCAGUCUAUUCUUGUUCUGAGAAACGAAGGCUAUUCCAAGCGAGAAAUUGCCAAGAAACUGAAGAUCUCGUACAACGCUGUGUACUACUCCCUUCACAGAACAGCGCAAACUGGCUCUAACCAGAAUAGAAAGAGGAGUGGGAGGCCCCGGUGCACAACUGAGCAAGAGGACAAAUACAUUAGAGUGUCUAGUUUGAGAAACAGGCGCCUCAUAGGUCCUCAACUGGCAGCUUCAUUAAAUAGUACCCGCAAAACACCAGUCUCAACGUCAACAGUGAAGAGGCUACUCCGGGAUGCUGACCUUCUAGGCAGAGUUGCAAAGAAAAAGCCAUAUCUCAGACUGGCCAAUGAAAAAAAAAAAUUAGGAUGGACAAAAGAACACAUACACUGGACAGAGGAAGAUUGGAAAAAAGUGUUAUGGACAGAUUAAUCGAAGUUUGAGGUGUUCGGAUCACAAAGAAGAACAUUUGUGAGACGCAGACCAAAUGAAAAGUUGCUGGUGGAGUGCCAUCUGUCAAGCAUGGUGGAGGCAAUGUGAUGGUCUGGGGGUGCUUUGGUGGUGGUAAAGUGGGAGAUUUGUACAAGGUAAAAUGGAUCUUGAAGAAGGAAGGCUAUCACUCCAUUUUGCAAUCAUGCCAUACCCUGUGGACUGCGCUUGAUUGGAGCCAAUUCCCUCCUACAACAGGACAAUGACCCAAAGCACAGCUCCAAACUAUGCAAGAACUAUUUAGGGAAGAAGCAGUCAGCUGGUAUUCUGUCUAUAAUGGAGUGGCCAGCACAGUCACCGGAUCUCAACCCUAUUGAGCUGUUCUGGGAGCAGCUUGAUCGUAUGGUACGUAAGAAGUGCCUAUCAAGCCAAUCCAACUUGAGGUGCUUCAGGAAGCAUGGGGUGAAAUCUCUUCAGAUUACCUCAACAAAUUGACAACUAGAAUGCCGAAGGUCUGCAAGGCUGUAAUUGCUGCAAAUGGAGGAUUCUUUGACAAAAGCAAAGUUUGAAGGACACAAUUAUUAUUUCAAUUAAAAAUCAUUAUUUCUAACCUUGUCAAUGACUACAUUUCCUAUUCAUUUUGCUAUAUUUCCUAUUCAAACUAAUUUCAUAUAUAUUUUCAUGGAAAACAAGGACAUUUCUAAGUGACCCCAAACUUUUGAAUGGUAGUGUUUAUUUUUAAAAUAUUUUUUAAUUUUACCUUUAUUUAACUAGGCAAGUCAGUUAAGAACAGUGUAGCUCCACAAGCAUCAUCAUCUUCUCUUUGAGUGGAACUUCACUGAUAUAUGAUCAAUGAUAUGUGUGUUUAGAUGGAAGCAUUAUGUGGGAGUGAGCAGUGUUGAGCUGAGUCUCCUGAAUAUAUGCUAAUGUAUGGGCCCCAGAUGCCACAUAGCCUACUGUAGAUCAGCACAGACCAAGUUCCUUAUGAGUCACUAGAAAAACACUGCUAUUUAUAUUUAAUAGCAACACAUUAUCUCACAGCCAUAAAAUGGGUCAUAAAAAAGUCAAUAUCCUAUCUAUUCAGCUGAUACUUAUUCAUUUCCUUAGUUUUGGGGUUUCAUUUGUAAAGGCUUCAGAUUUUGCUAUAGGGAUUGAUUAUGUUUGAUCUACUGUAUAGUUAAUAACUCUCAUAUACUUUAUAGCUCACAAUAAUAUAGAUCAAAAGCGGCUAACAAAUCAAUUCUAUAGCUUACACAAAGCUUUCUCAUCAUGAUCUGUGUCAGUUUGAGAUGAUCUCUAACAUUUCAGUGAUAGUCAGUUUGUGACAUGUCCUCUCUACAGAUCAGGAGGUGUGGGAGUCAGCCCCUGCCCCAGCCCCAGAGCGGGCCAAACAGGCUAAGGAGCCCAGCCCGGCGCUGCUGAAGUCUCAGGAUAUGAUUGUUUCUGAGAAGCCUAUGUUACAGGAGUCCUGGGUAGACCUGGAUGACUUCUCCAAGUGCUUCCAGUAAGACCCACUGGCUUAUAUCUAUGUAGUACUGUAUUUAUAUGGCUCUGAAGGGCACUACUCUCUUUCUUACAGUCCAGGGGGUUGAUGCAAAAUACUGCUUUGAUUUUUCAGGACACUUGUGGUUUUCCACAAGCCAAACACAUAUCCAAACCAUUUCCAGAAGUCCCAUUUCAAGGUAAAUGUAUUUCUAAGUAGGGUCUAAGCCUUUUUUCAAGGAUAUCUACUAACCUAACAUAUGGAAUUGUUUUAGGAUAUUAAUAAAAUAGAUUUUUAUUUUAGGACCCCUGUAGGUAUAAAAAAUAUAUGUAAACAUUAUUUGAUGAAACAUUGAAUUUGCCCUAACAGCUAUAAUCCCAUAGAAAAAGAUUAAAUAACACACAAAUACAUGGCAAAAAAGAUAAAUCAGAAAGAAGUAUGAUUUGACAGAAUAAGUCUAUAAUUGUGUAUUAUAUUUUACUGCACAGUAAUUUUGUAGGGAGUUGGGACGGUGGCGUCCUUGGGUCCCUUGCUGCUUCUGAACAUCGUAAAACAGAUAACACGUACAUAUUCGUGAGAGUCUAAGCUUUUCAGAAUGGGAUCAUAAUAGUUUGUAGCUCAAACCAUUCAAAGUUUACAGACGUUUGUCUUGAGCGAAAGCGCUCGGAAGAUCCUCCCUCGUCUCACAAAAAACACUCUACCGCAGCUCCCAGCCAUCACACAGGCUAAUGGCUGACAUCUGCGGGCUCAGUUGAUUGAGACACACCCAAUGCAAAAAUAAUUAUCAAGCUCAAACAAACAAACCUUUAUUGAUAAGAGAGUUUUAAGGGCAUUUUAAACAGAUCUUGGUCAUCCAUACAAUACAUGGAGUGAAAACUGUAUGAUAGUGUUGAUAGAUGGAAUGACAUCCCUGGUUUUGUCAUCAUCAGAGCACCAUCUCAUCCAAAGUGUCAUCCAUGGCUCUCAACUGCCCUGUGGGCUCCACCCACUCUGCUGCUACACCUGUACGCCACCCAGGUUCCUCUGCUGCUGCUCAUAUUCAGGUACAAUACAAACCUGUACAGCUACACCUGUACAGCUACACCUGAACAGCUACACCUGAACAACUACACCUGUACAGCUACACCUGUACAACUACACCUGAACAACUACACCUGUACAACUACACCUGUACAACUACACCUGAACAACUACACCUGUACAGCUACAGCUACACCUGUACAACUACACCUGUACAGCUACACCUGUACAGCUACACCUGAACAACUACACCUGUACAGCUACACCUGUACAACUACACCUGAACAAUACACCUGACAACUACACUUCACCAACACCUGUACAACUACACCUGUAAACUACACCUACUACACCUGUACAACUACACCUGUACACUACAGCUACACCUGUACAACUACACCUGAACAACUACACCUGUACAGCUACACCUGUACAACUACACCUGUACAGCUACACCUGAACAACUACACCUGUACAACUACACCUGAACAACUACACCUGUACAGCUACACCUGAACAACUACACCUGUACAGCUACACCUGAACAACUACACCUGACAUCAGAACUACACCUGUACAGCUACACCUGAACCACAACUCACUACACAACCUGUACAGCUACACCUGAACAACUACACCUGUACAGCUACACCUGAACAACUACACCUGUACAACUACACCUGUACAACUACACCUGUACAACUACACCUGAACAACUACACCUGUACAACUACACCUGAACAACUACACCUGUACAACAACUACACCUGAACAACUACACCUGUACAGCUACACCUGAACAACUACACCUGUACAGGUACACCUGAACAACAACACCUGUACAGCUACACCUGAACAACUACACCUGUACAGGUACACCUGAACAACAACACCUGUACAGCUACACCUGAACAACUACACCUGAACAACUACACCUGAACAACUACACCUGAACAACUACACCUGUACAGCUACACCUGAACAACUACACCUUACUGUAACAUCCAUUCUAUUCAGGCACAAUAACCAUCCGUGCACCUAAACUUCACUGUGUCUGCAGCGUCACCUAUCAUCCUAGUACAAUAAAUACAGGGGGCAAAAUGCUGCAGCCUGUAUCCAGUAAUAUCUUAUAGCUACCUCUAUCAUUUGCAUUUGUACUGUGUUUGUCAAACUCAAAGCUUCUUUAAAUGGUACGGAGCUAACUCUCCCCUUCCAGUAUACAUGCAUGCCUUGACACACUCCCAUCUUCCCAAUCUGCCUUCCCUGUCGCCCAGCCACGCCUCACAGCGCCCUCUGCUGUUGUGUUUCCACAGGUACACCUUCUCUACUGAUGGGCUUUACUGUCCAGCACACUGCACUGCACCUGAGAUUGUAAUCAGCCCACAGUGUUAGGACUGCAGCCACCCUCUCUGGGGGCCUGUGUGUGCAUGCAUGUGGCAUUGAGAAGGAGCUCUUUAUCUGUCUUUUUCUCUGUGGCUCUCUGUCCUUCCAUACUCCCAUCUCCCUUCUCAUUCCUUAUGUUGCUGCCUUGCAUGCUUCCCCUCUUCCUCUCUUUCUUUCUCUCUCUCUCUCUCUCCCUCUCUCUCCCCCCUCUUUUCCUUCUCCUCCCCUCCAUACUGAUGAGUGUAGCUUGGUGCUGUCUGUCUGUGUGCUUCUCCAGUCUCCAGAUGAGAAGGGCUCUCACUACCUGUUUGUGGACAGCCUGCAGCCUUCCCACAUCCUCAUCAGCUUCUCUGCUUUGGUACACUGGGGAGAGACAGCCGAUGAGAGUAAGGGCCUAACAUACAAAAACACACACCGACAUGCAUGGACACACACACACACACACACCCUCUCACUCACAUAUGCUCAUGCGCACACACACAGGUAUGCAGUGUACACACACACACUUGGACGUGCACACAUGCACACACCCAUGCGCAUACCACAGACACAUGAUUAUAUUGCACUCAAACAUGCACAUGGUGUACACAUGUUUCAUAAUACAAUGAACACAGCACUCAUACCCAUCCAUGCUCACUCAAUCACAAACACACGCACAUCACACACGUCUCCAUAUCAAAAGUAUGUGGACACCCCUUCAAAUUAGUGGAUUCGGUUAUUUCAGCCACACCCGUUGCUGACAGGUGUAUAAAAUCGAGCACACAGCCAUGCAAUCUCCAUAGACAAACAUUGGCAGUAAAAAUGGCCUUACUGAAGAGCUUAGUGACUUUCAACGUGGCACCGUCAUAGGAUGCCACCUUUCCAACAAGUCAGUUCGUCUAAUUUCUGCCCUGCUACAGAUGUCCCAGUCAACUGUAAGUGCUGUUAUUGUGAAGUGGAAACGUCUAGGAGCAACAACGGCUCAACCGCGAAGUGGUAGGCCACACAAGCUCAUAGAACGGGACCGCCGAGUGCUGAAGCGCGUAGCGCUUAAAAAUCUUCUGUCCUCGGUUGCAACACUCACUACCAUGUUCCAAACUGCCUCUGGAAGCAACAUCAGCACAAUAACUGUUCGUUGGGAGAUCAUGAAAUGGGUUUCCAUGGCCGAGCAGCCACACACACAAGCCUAAGAUCACCAUGUGCAAUGCCAAACGUCGGAUGGAGUGGUGUAAAGCUCGCCACCAUUGGACUCUGGAGCAGUGGAAACGCGUUCUCUUGAGUGAUGAAUCACGCUUCACCCUCUGGUAGUCCGACGGACAAAUCUGGGUUUGGCGGAUGCAAGGAGAACGCUACCUGCCCGAAUGCAUAUUGCCAACUGUAAAAUUCGGUGGAGAAGGAAUAAUGGUCUGGGGCUGUUUUUCAUGGUUCGGGCUAGGCCCGUCGUUCCAGUGAAGGGAAAUCUUAACGCUACAGCAUACAAUGACAUUCUAGACGAUGUUUUGCUUCUAACUUUGUGGCAACAGUUUGGGGCCCUUUCCUGUUUCAGAAUGACAAUGCCCCUGUGCACAAAGCGAGAUCCAUAAAGAAAUGGCUUUUCGAGAUCGGUGUGGAAGAACUUGACUGGCCUGCACAGAGCCCUGACCUUAACCCCAUCGAACACUUUUGGGAUUAAUUAGACGGCCGACUGCGAGCCAGGCCUACCUCACUAAUGCUCUGGUGGCUGAAUGGAAGAAAGUCCCCAUAGCAAUGUUCCAGCAUCUAGUGGAAAGCCUGUUAUAGCAGCAAAGGGGGGACCAUGUUCGACGAGCAGGUGUCCACAUACUUUUUGUCAUGUAGCGUACCAUUAUAACCCAUCAACAGCACUGUGCUUUUGUGUACGGCCAUCUGUUUAUCUCUCUUCUGUCUUCCUGUAGAGAAGGAGAGUCCUGUGUGCAGGUCUGGAGUUCUCAUAGCAGAGCCCUACUCCUGGAAGAGUCUGCUGUGUCAGCUACCUGUACUCCACAUCAAGACCACUGCCUGCAAGGCUGCCCUGCUGGUCCUCCCCCCUGGGUAAGACCUUGCCCAACCUGGCCUGUCCACCCUCACCACCAGCCAUACAUAUACAAACUGUUGUUGGCACCAGACAUUUCAUGACACUCUGAAGCAGUAACAUGGUGCCCAUGUUCCAAAUUUGGCCAUCAUCAGGGUGCAUAAAAGCCUCACCACACCCUCCUGAUGUUUGCAGGUUGAACUUGUGCUCUCAUGAGACCAGUAUUUUAUAAGGUAUUACUGAUUAAAAUAACCCAACAUAACCUUUACACUAUUAACUUAACUGCUGAUUUCCAAAGCUAAAGCUGAAACCUCAUACCGUCGAUAUAUCUUAUACAGUUAGAUCUGAUGCUCUGAGAAAAUAACUUGCCCUAGUCUCUAUUAAUGGCUUCUGGUUGGCCUAGAAGCAGGGGGCCUAGUUUCUGGGGUCAGGCGGAGGUACAAUUACCACUGUGCCGUGGUGUAAACGUAACACUUAGCGCACCAUGCGUCCCUGAGCACUACUACGUGAUUGAAGUGUGGGGGAGGGGAUGCUGAUUCCGCCAAAUUAUAAUGAACUCAAUCUCAACCUCUCACUCUGGGGUAUCUUUCUCUCUCUCUCGUUUGCGCUCUCUCUCUGUCUAUUCAAUCCUUUUCUAUCUCUCGAUCGUUCCCUUGAUCUCUCUCACACACACACUAUCAAUCUACAGUAUCUCUCCCUCUUUUAUAUUUCCCUCGCUUCGUUUUAUCUCGCUACCACUCCCCUCUCCUUGUCCCUCUAUCCAUGAUCCUAUUCUCUUAAGCCCAACACCAAUCAGGUCUAUUGUCAUCGAUCACGUUUGGCUGUGAUGGCUGUAUUAUGCUAAGCUAAUGGGAUGGAGGAGUCCAGCUCCACUCUGUCAGGCUGGCAGUGUUCCAUCAGGGCUGUGAGCUGCUGUGGGCCAACGGUGCAUUAGCCCGACUACUCUAUGAGUGGACCACACUUGACCCAGGCAGCCAGGAAGACAUUACUGCAAGACGGAGACAUGGCUUUGUAAUUGGGGCUGAGGGGAAGGCAUUAUUAACCUGCUGUAUAUGGAAAUGACCCUGUAAAGUUGACUAGCUCUUGGUGCAGCAGCUCUAAGCAGGCUAGCGCUAUCAUUGGGUUUUUAUCAAUUCAAAGUUUCAUGGUUUGUUAUCUGGUGAUGGGGGGUUGCUUUCACAGAAUGUUAGGGCUAAUCUGAUCCCGCUCUCUUUCCUCUCACUCACCGCUUCUCUAUCCCUCCAUUCUCUACUCUCUCAUUCUCCUCCCCUGCCCUAGGCGUCAUGUCCUGUGCAUCCACACGAGGGCGCCUCUGGGCUACCACGUCCACCUGUACAGCAUGGCACCCUUCGUCUUCGGAGACGAGGAGACCGUCAUGCCUCACCUCGACAAGGUAAGUUAGAGGACACCACCGUCACCAUGGAAACGCCAGCAGACAGCCAUACCAUAAUAGCCACUUGGUUUCUCCUCACCUUCUGUUUAUACGCCCACUCAGGCAUGGGGAUACCUCCUCAUCCUCCUCUUCUUACCUCUCCUCUUCCUCUCGGAUGCGCGUCUGAUGUUAAGGAUGAUAUCCACUCUGCACUCAGGCCUACAGUGGGUCAGAGAUCUCUCUCUGCUCUAGUCUUUCUCUCUCUCCCCUCCUCUCUUUUGCUCUCUCUCUCUCCCCUUCUCUCUCUCUUGUUUCUCCCUCUGUCCGUCACGGAAAGCUGAUGCUGGUCACGAUACACCAAAAGCCGGAGGGAAGGGGAGGGGAGAAGAGGAGAGGAGAGGAGGGGAGAGGAGGGGAGAGGAGGGGAGGGAGGAGAGGUUAGAUGCUCAAGCAGGCAGGCAGUGUACUGUGGCUGCUCAGGCUACAGGGACUUUCUCUUAUAGAGCCAAGACUGUGUGAACAUGUUGACUUAUUCAUGCCACAUGCAGACUCAGGCAGUUGAAAAAUGACUAGUGAGGCAGUAUUUGCACAAGAAGUGUGUUUGAUAACUCUUCUCCAUGGGAUGCGGUAAAUAAGCAGAAGGAAUGGACAGAACCGAGGAGCAUUUUCUCUGUUUGUCUUUGAGUCUCCACUUUCACCUCAUGUGUCCUUACCCCCACCCCCUCCUUUCCCUUCCUUCCUCCCUCUCCUCCCCACCUCCAGGAGAGUGUGCGUUUUUGUGAGCAAGCUCUGUCUAUUCUGAGGCUCCUGGGCAGAGUGGUCAGCUCCUUCUCAGACGAGCUGGAGCUCCCAGCAGCCUCCGGGGCUCUGGGGGACGCCCACUGUCCAGCUCAGCUCAGCACCGUCGGAGGGCUGCGAGACCACCAGAGGGUAGGACACACACACAUACACAUACACACGCACACUGACACUAACACUGGACACACACACACACACACAAACACACACACUCAGGGCUGGACUACCACAUUUGGGGUCCCGGGGCACCUACCUCCGAGUUUCUUUUUAGGAAAACAGCUAACUUCCUGCCUUUUCUACAUGAGGCGCAGAGAAACAUGUUCUGUUUUAUAGCUCCUCUCAUGCUAUUCUUCCAUUAUGCUAUGAGGCUGAGAGAAAAUAAUGCAAUUUUAAAGCGAAUUUCCUGCUAUUCAACACAUUUUGACAUUGCUUUCCUGACGACACCAGGGUUGUAGGCCUGAUAACCAAAAACGACAAGUCAGCCUAUAGGGAGGAGGUAAGUGAACUGGCAUUGUGGUGCCAGGACAACAACCUCUCCCUCAACGUCAGCAAAAUAAAGGAGUUGAUUGUUGACUUCAUGAAGCAGAGGAGUUAACAUGCUCCGAUCCGCAUCAACGGGACUGCAGUAGAAAGAGUCACAGGUUUUAAGCUCCUCGGCGUCCACAUCACCAAGGAUUUGUCAUGGACCAACAACACCACCACUCUUGUCAAGAGGGCACAGCAGUGUCAAUACUUCCUAAGACGGCUGAAAAAAUGUGGCAUGCCACCCCCAGUUCCUCUCCAAAUACUACCGCUACACCAUCGAGAGCAUCCUGACCAGUUGCAUCACGGCCUGGUACGGGAAUUGCUCCGUCCACGACCGCAAAGCCCUCCAGCGGGUGGUGAAGAUGGCCCAGUACAUCACUGGGACUGUGCUCCCACCCAUCCAGGACAUCUACUCGAAACGGUGCCUGCAGCAUCAUCAAGGACCCCACACACCUCAGCCAUGAGCUUUUCACUCCGUUACGGUCGGGCAGACGAUAUCGGAGCAUGAGGUCUGACACCAACAGGCUCAGAGACUGUUUCUAUCUACAAGUCAUCAGACUGCUGAACUCUUGAACUGGACUGACCACCUGCUCUGAUUUUCCGCACCUUAGCACACAUGCACUCACCCACACAGACAUCCACAAAGACAUCCACACACACACACACACACACACACACACACACACACACACACACACACAAUAAAUGUAGCCAUUUACUUUAUGUUCGUAUUCUUAUAUUUGAUAAUUUCUUAUUGUUGUUGCAUUGUUGAGAAGGAACCUGCAAGUAAGCAUUUUGUUGGAAGGUGUAUACCGUGUGUAUCCCGUACUAAUAUAACUUGAAACUUCAUAUGCUAUUUGGGGGGCCCACAACCUCCUUUUUGGUUGGGGGUCCCCUGGAGGUCGGGGACCCCAGGGCACGUGCCCUGCGUGCCCGGUCGGUAAGCCGGCCCUGCACACACACACACACACACACACACACACACACACACACUCACACUCACACUCACACUCUCUCGGUGCACGCACUGACCUCCCCGACUCCUGUCUGUGCAGGUGUUUAAUGAAGCAGUGUAUCACAUGAUCUGCGUUGCUCUGGACAGGAAGCUGUCAGCAGAGGAGCUGUUUGCUGUCCAGGCCCUCACCAACGACCCCUCGCUCUGCACAAACGAGACAAGGGGACCAUCCCCCACAGAUACAGGUACAGGUGUGUGUGUGUAUUUAUUUUUCUCCAAGAAUGUGAGUGUAUGUGUAAGCAUUGUGUGUAUCAUUGUGUGUUGUACAGAUUGUGAGGCACCAGAGGGUUGGGGCAGCAGGAAGCCCACAGAGCAGGAAAUCCAGGCAGUCAGGAUCCUCCAGGCCGGCUUUAAGGGACAUCUAGUCCGCGAGAUCCUCAAUGCUACUAAACCAGGUAAUAAUGGGUUAAGACUGUCCUCAUCCUCAAUGCUACUAAACCAGAUAAUGGGUUAAUACUGUCCUCAUCCUCAAUGCUACUAAACCAGGUAAUAAUGGGUUAAUACUGUCCUCAUCCUCAACGCUACUAAACCAGGUAAUAAUGGGUUAAUACUGUCCUCAUCCUCAACGCUACUAAACCAACUAAUCAUGGGUUAAUACUGUCCUCAUCCUCAACGCUACUAAACCAGGUAAUAAUGGGUUAAUAAUGUCCUCAUCCGCAAUGCUACUAAACCAGGUAAUAAUGAGUUAAUACGGCCUCACACUCACAAUCAAACUUCUCAAUGUUAUUCAAUUCAAUUUUCCAAUGGCCUCAGGGACAAUUUUACAAGGUACAAUCAGAGCACAAUUAGAUAAAUUAUUUACUAUAGCUGGAUGAUGGUGUUAGAGUGAUGCAUGGCCACACAGUCUUGGGUGAACAGGGAGUACAGGAGGGGACUAAGCACACACCCCUGAGGGGCCCCGGUGUUGAGGGUCAGCAUGGCAGAUGUGUUGUUACCUGCCCUUACCACCUGGGGGCGGCCAUCAGAAAGUCCAGGAUCCAGUUGCAGGGGAGGUGUUCAGUCCGAGUGUCCCGAGCUUGGUGUUGAGCUUGGAGGGGACUAUGUUGUUGAAUGCUGAGCUGUAGUCAGUGCACAGCAUUCUCACAUAGGUAUUCCUCCAGGUGGGAGAGAGCAGUGUGGAGUGCAAUAGAGAUUGCGUCAUCUGUGGAUCUGUUGAGGCGGUAUGAAAAUUGGAGUGGGUCCAGGGUGUCUGUGAUGAUGGUGUUGAUGUGACCAGCCUUUCAAAGCAUUGCUUGGUUACAAAUGUGAGUGCUACGGGACGAUAGUCGUUUAGGUUGGUUCUUAGGAACAGGGACAAUGGUGGUCUGCUUGAAACAUGUUUGGAUUACAGACUGGGACAAGGAGAUGUUGGAAAUUCUGUGAAGACACUUGACAGCUGGUCUGCGCAUACUCUGAGAAUGCGCCCUGGUAUUCCGUCUGGCCCAGCGACCUUGCGAGUGUUAACCUAUUUAAAAGUCUUACUCACAUCGGCCAUGGAGAGCGAGAUCACACAGUCGUCCGGGACAGCAGGGGAUCUCAUGUCUGGUUCAGUGUUGUUUGCCUCGAAGCGAGCAUAGAAGGCAUUCAGCUCAUCUGGGAGAUUUUGUAAUAGUCUGCAAACCCUACCACAUCGGACGAGCAUCGGAACCGGUGUAGUAGGAUUCAAUAUUAGUCCGAUAUUGACCUUUUUCAUGUUUGAUGGCUCGUCGGGGUCAUAGCAGGCUUUCUUGUAAUCAUCCAUGUCCUUGUCCCGUUCAUUGAAAGCUGUAAUCCAUGGCUUUUGGUUAGGGUACAUACGUACAGUCACUGUGGGGACGACAUCGUCGAUGCACUUAUUGAUGAAACCCAUGACUGAUGUGGUAAACUCCUCAAUGUUAUCGGAUAAAUCCCUGAACAUACUCUGGUCUGUGCUAGCGAAGCAGCAGUCUUGUAGCUUAGCGUCUGCUUCAUCAGACCACUUCCAUACUGAGCGCGUCUCUGGUACGUCCUGUUUGAGUUUUUGCUUGUAAACAGGAAGCAGGAGGAUGGAGUCAAGAUAUGAUUUGCCGAAGGGAGGGCGAUGGGAGGCCUUCAUUUCUGUUCUAAGAGUAAAAGUGGUCCAGAGCCUCUUGUGGCACAGGAGACGUGUUGGUAAAGGUGGGAUAAACCACAUUUCAGGCAUUAAAGUCUCCGCCCACUAGAAACGCUUCCUCUGGGUGAGCGUUUUCUUGUUUGUUUAUGGCCCGGUACCGCUCGUUGAGUGCCUGCUUGGUUCCAUUCUCGUUUUGUGGUAGGAUGUAGGCAGCAGUGAUGAUUACAGAUAAACUCUAUUGGUAGAUAAAAAGGUAUGCAAUUUACCAUGAGGUAUUCUAGUUCAGGUGAGCAAAAGCUUGAGAGUUCCUUCACACUGGAAGCAGCGCACCAGAUGUUGUUCACAAAGAGGCACACCUCCCCCUUUUGGUUUUACCCGAGUCCGCUUUCCGGUCGCGACGAAGCAUGGAGAAACCCUUGAGUAUUAUGUCCAUAUCGCCUGUCAGCCAAGUUUCUGAAAAGCAUAGAAUAUUACUUAUUAGCUUUUCACAUCCCGUUGGUAGGAAUCUCUCGAACAGAGCUCAUCCAUCUUGUUCUCAAGUGACUGGACAUUUGUCAGUAAAAUGGAGGGGAGUGCCAGUCUAACAAAUACUCCAGCACUCCUCCCUCGUCUUUGCUUGCAGCGCUUCGGUAGCCCGAACAAUGGAGUAGGGUCCGGUGUAAACAAGGGAAAAGCUGAGUUGAAGUAGGAGCUGAAAUCGAGGUUGAAGUUAGUAGCUGUCAAUUCGUAAUUGAAAAGUACUCGGCGGUCAUAGGUGUGAGCUUUCUGUACAAAGAAAUUAUGGAUAAACACUAAAAAAUAAAAAAUAAAUCGGGUUGGAGUACAUAAGAUGUCGACCUUAUCCAUCGAUGCCAUCUUAUUAUUCUCUCUCUCUCUCUCUCUCUGCCGAGAGUUAGCCCUGUGCCCUAUCUUUGGGACUCUGGGCUGAGAUAGCGACUUAUUAUGAGUCUGCCACUCUCACUAAUACACCCUGACAGGUGUGGUGGUGGUGGGGGGGGGACAACACACACAUACAUUCAUACACACACACACAUCGACCCACCCACCUGCACCCCGUCGAACAUCCAAACAGCUCUGUUGUGACAUGUUUACGAGUUGAGGGAAAGUGUAGCGAGGGGGGAUAGAGGAGGAUGGAGAGCUAGAGAGAGGGAGAGAGAAAGGGAUAGAAGGAGGGAGGGCGUUUUUUAGGUGAGCGACAUGAACAGACUCUAUUUAUUGCCAGGGCUUGAGGGUUACUCUGUCCUGUCCAGCCUGUCAGAACACAAUAGUGAGGCCAGGAGCAGAGACAUGAGACAUCGGAUUCCAGUACUCACCAAACUCCCCUCUCCCUGAUACACUACACUCCUUGACUUGUCAUUAGGACAACACACACAGAUUCCAUCACUGGUACUACACACUGGUUGUUCAAGAAACUCAUUUGUUUUGGUAUAGAGCCCCCCCUCCCCCCAAUACCUAGAUACUAUAUUUAAAACGAUGACGAUUCCAGUCUGUGUAUUACCAAGCCUUACAUUUUAAACCCACUGCAUGCCUCAAAGCACUUUAGGAACACAUUUGAAAAAUAAUGAAUUGGCCCCUCAUUUUUUCGUCUGACAUCAACAACUGAUGUCUCAGGCUCAUUAGAGGCCACUCUGUCCGUUUUUAGCAUUAACUACCUCAGAUGCCCUGUCUGUCACAAACAGCCGUCUCUCUACAAGAUUACUUUUUCAUCUCCCAAACCAGAGCCCAGCCCCAUAAUGGCUCUGUUGAUUUGGAGAAGAUGAGAAACGCCUGUCAUUGAGACGUCCCUCGACUCUGUCACACAGGCUUGCACGGAGACACACACACACACACACACACCCCUACCCCUCAGUGGCAGGAGAUACAGUAUGAAGUAUUACAUCUUUUAUGAAUUUCUCCAGUACAGGGCUAGUGUAACAGGGUUGGAGAUGAGUAAAUUUGAAGUGUUUUUUCACUUCCGUCACAAUUUUAAUACAAAAAUGCAUCUGGCACUCUCCCUCAUCUUUUUACCUUCAACUAAGUCAAGUUUUAUAACAAUGUGUUCAUGUCUUUGGCUUCAAGGUGAAUGUCUUUCAUCUUUUAUGUAUGUCUGCUACUACUUAACUGAGUGUGUGUGGUGUGUGUGUAUAUGUAUUAUCUAGGCACAAAGGAGAAUCUCAGUGCCUCAAAGACACUUCAGGAGAUGUGGGCUAGUGUGGAAUCGGAUGCAGAGAAACAUGCAGUGUCUUUAUUGAGGUAAAUUAUUAAUCAGCUAGCUCAACAUCACACACAUUCACAGCAGAGCACACAACACAAAAACCCAAUCUCACACAGCACACGCAAACAUGACACAUCUCAUUUAGCCAACACACUGCAUACUUGUGUUUUCUUCCCUACACUGUAAAGGGCUCACUGUGAAUUUGACAGUAGCUUACAGGGAGCUUGGUGGCAAGACAAAUUCUGUAUUUCAUAUUACGGUACACCUUCUGUAAUAUAAAUACGGUAUCGAAGCAAGUACUGCGUAAUGACAUACAGUACAAUAACGUAAAAUUGACUGUAUUAUACUGUAAUAAAGUAUGCUGCCGUAAUCGGAAUGAAUUAAUGAAUGAAUGGAUAAAUGCAUUAAAUUCAUUGAGGGGAGGAGUUUGUAUUUCACAGUAUUUUACUGUAAUUACAAGGGAUUGGUUCAAGCAAGUUGGCUGCUAGGUGUUUACACAUUACAGUGUAUUAAUGAAUAUUUGGUGUUUUAAAUCACUUGCACUUCUAGAGGCCUUAACAAAGGCAUCCAACUGACAGCAACUACAGGGCAAAACAGACUCACGGUCUCACUGCAGAAUUAGACGUCCAUCCACUUUCUCCAAACGUCAAAGUUUGAAGUUGGUCCAAACGUCAAAGUUUGAAGUUGGUCCAAACGUCAAAUUUCGAAGUUGCUCCAAACGUCAAAUUUUGAAGUGUUUCUGUUGCUCCUGCUGCUCUAUAUCGUUCCAUUUCUCAAAUGUCAAUUUUCUAAGUUACGGGUUAAGUUUCCCGAAUAAAGGGAUUUUGUCAAUGAGGCCCUUCAUUACAUUUUUACAUUUGAAUCAUUUAGCAGACACUCUUAUCCAGAGCGACUUACAGUUAGUGAGUGCAUACAUCUUCAUACUGGCCCCCCGUGGGAAACGAACCCACAACCCUGGCGUUGCAAGCGCCAUGCUCUACCAAAUGAGCUACAGGGGACCCCUUUAUCUUUAUCUACUUCCCCAGAGUCAGAUGAACUCGUGGAUACUAUUUUUAUGUCUCUGUGUCCAGUUUGAAGGAAGUUAGAGGUAGUUUCGCGAGCCAAUGCUAACUAGCGUCAAUGCAAUGAUUGCAAGUCUAUGGGUAUCUGCUAUCAUGCUAGCAGAUACCCAUAGACUUGCAGUCAUUAACGUUACUCAUAGACUUGAAGUCAUUGCACUAACGCUGGUUAGCAAUUGCGCUAGCGCUAGUUAGCAACUUUCUUCAAACUACACGCAGAGACAUAAAAAUGGUAUCCACAAGUUCAUCUGACUCUGGGGAAGUAGAUAAAGGGCCUCAUUGCCAAAAUCUCGAAGUAUCUCGUUAAGGUAAGGGUUAAGGUUUGGGAUAGGGUUAAAACAUUAUGUUUAGGCACUCAUUCCAAAUGGUUAAGGUAAGCAUUAAGGUUUGGGAUGAGGUUAAAACUCCCCCCAAAAAAUCACUGUGGAACACGCAGGGAUUCUGAUCCCUUACCCAAGCCUGCUUGAUGGUAAUAGCGCUCACUGUUGCCCGUAGUGGCCGGUUUUGAAAGCAUUUCCCGUUGUCUUCGGGACAUGGAUAGACGUCCAAUUUUGACGUCAAUCUUGAAAGACCUGCCUGCCAAAAUGACAUGGGGCACUAGAACCAGAUAGUUAAAUUGGUGCAGCAUUCUCACUCACAGGUGCAACAAAUAUAGCCUCUUACAAGUCACGCCUCAAAAUAUGUUAAUGAGCCAGAAACAACAAUACCAUGCACCCACUAGUGGUCAAAAGGUUUUUGGCGCUCCAAAGAUACGGUACGGUACUGUAUCUGUCGGUGUGCCCUUGAGCAAGGCACUUAACCCAAAUUGCUCCUGUAAGUCGCUCUGGAUAAGAGCGUCUGCUAAAUGACAAAAAAUGUAAAUGUAUUCUGUUGCGUGUAAUUACAGUACCAUUCAAAAUACAGCAAUUAUUUCCCCGCCCGUAACAUUUUCCCACAAUGCACCAUAAUUUACAGAGUCAGAUCCUCCAGUAAAACACCCAAAAUGACCGUAUAAUUUACAGUUUUCCGUUACCAAAGCGCCAUCCAUUGUUGGGUACAUACAACAAUAUGGCUUGGCACACUGUUGUGACACUGUGCCAGCUAGGUGCAUUGUGUGCCAUGGAAGCAAUUCAUUUAGCCUCUUUCCAUGCAUGCCCAGAGUCUGUCCCUGUCCUCCUCAGUGAGUCCUAUAGCCGUGGCUCAGCCUCAUGGUAGAGGGGAGGGGAGCAGUUUUCCACAUUGUGUUCUAUCGUCUCCUGGUGGUACCAUCUGCUGUUUAUCCUCUCUCUGCUCCAAUCGGUUCGCUGAGUCUUCUGAAUGAUCCACUGGGUGAGGGGUGUUUGUGUGUGUGUGUGUGUGUGUGUGUGUGUGUGUGUGUGUGUGUGUCCGUGCACGCGCGCAUGUGUGUGUGUGCGCGCACGUGCGUGCGCGUGUGUGUCCGUGCGUGUGUUUGUUUGUGUGUAAGUCAGAUCUCACUGAUCAAUGGAAGCCCCCAGGACUGAGUCCGAGCUGUGAAGUGUUUUCACACUCCUUAGCUUUGUAACCCAAAGAGAAGCUCCCCAUAGUAUACCGCGCUUAAAUAAAAUGACCAGGUUGGUGUGAUGAAGAAAUAUAACAAUGGUAAUACAUUAUUGUAACUAAUAAAUGUAACUGUAUUCUUCUAGAGAGCUCAUAAGGAACUGAUUACGCACAUGACCUCUUUCACACAUUGAUUAUGCCUGUUAGUUCAGUGUCAUAUCUGAGGGAAUUCUGGCCAAAUGUAUCUGCCUCAUUCUGUUUAACCCCUCAUUCUCUGUGUGUCCCUCUCUCUGUGAUUUUUUCCCCAGUCUGUUGAGCCCAGUGACAGGAUCCAGAUAGGGAAUGUACAGUCUGAAGGCACUGGGUCGCCCUGGUACAAAUCAAUAAUCAUCCUCCACUUCUAACAUGAUGUGUGUCCGUGUCCACACCUUGUAACUCUUACUCACUCAUAGCCUCCUGUGUGCUCGUCUCACCAAACACAGAUAAACCCUAUCUUUGUCAACUCCAAACUCUUUGAGUGAAGUUGACAAAGUGAGGUUACAGUGUCAUACAGUAACUCUCAGCCCUCUCAGGAGUUUUAGGGCAGCAUGUAUCAAGUGUCUCAGAGUAGGACUGGUGAUUUAGGAUCAGUUUCACUUUUUAGAUUACACUGAAUAAGAUAAGAUGGACAGGGGGGGGACCUGAUCCUAGAUCAGCACUCCUAUUCUGAGAUGCUUCAUACAUCCGGCCCCUGAUCUCGUCCUUUGUUCAUGCAGUAUUGGAGUGGACCCCCAUAUGCAGCAUCUCUUUUUCCUGAUAGUCAUGGUUGUUGUAUCUCUAUUGUCUAGGUACAUCUUCAGUAACGAUGAGAGGACAGCUGAACUGUACCCCUGUCAGGAGGAUGAGUGGACCAGAAUCACAUACACUGACUACUCUGUCCCUCUGCCUGAACUGGCCAACUCCUGGCUACUGGUCUUCAGGUAGAAAACACACACACAUACACACACAACACACGGAUAAAGCACUGAAUCAUGUCAUACAUGAAUGUAAAAUGUUUUGCUAACACUCUCCAUGAUCCUCCAUUGUUAGUGUUUUGUAUGUGAUAGUAAAGCUUCAUUGUGAGUACUGUGUGUGUGUUCCAGAGAGGUGUUCGUGGUGCCUAAAGACAUGCUGCUGGUGGCUAAGGUCUACUCCCCAGUCUCCUCCUGUCUGCUCCACGUCAUAGACAACAACACAGGAGAGGAGCUACCCAGGGUCUUCCAGAGAGUAGAGCCCCACGUCUACAAACACAACCAGGUCUCAACGUUUAACAAACUAGAACCUCUCACUAAAACAAACACAUACUGUAUAUUAUACUGUACAUAGAAACGCAUAUACAGUUGAAGUCAGAAGUUUACAUACACCUAGGUUGGAGUCAUUAAAACUCGUUUUUCAACCACUCCACAAAUGUCUUACCAAGCAUUCAAAUCAAAUCACAUUUAUUGGUCACAUACACGUGUUUAGGAGAUGUUACUGUGGGUGUAGCGAAAUGCUUGUGUUUCUAGCUCCGACAGUGCAGUAAUAUCUAACAAGUAAUAUCUAACAAUUUCACAACAUAUACCCAAUACACACAAAUCUAAGUAAAGCAAUGGAAUUAAGAAUAUAUAAAUAAAUAUAUGGAUGAGCAAUGUCAGAGCGGCAAAGACCAAGAUACAGUAGAAUAGUAUAGAAUAUAGUAUAUACAGUUGAAGUCGGAAGUUUUCAUACACUUAGGUUGGAGUCAUUAAAACUAGUUUUUCAAACACUCUACAAAUGUCUUGUUAACAAACUAUAGUUUUGGCAAGUCGGUUAGGACAUCUACUUUGUGCAUUACACAAGUAAUUUUUCCAACAAUUGUUUACAGACAGAUUAUUUCACUUAUAAUUCACUGUAUCACAAUUCCAGUGGGUCAGAUGUUUACAUACACUAAGUUGACUGUGCCUUUAAACAGCUUGGAAAACUCCAGAAAAUGAUGUCAUGGCUUUAGAAGCUUCUGAUAGGCUAAUUGACAUCAUUUGGGAACACCCAUACAUAAAAGAAAAUGUAUGCACGCAUGACUGUAAGUCGCUUUGGAUAAAAGCGUCUGCUAAAUGGCAUAUUAUAUUAUUAUUAUAUAAUUGGAGGUGUACCUGUGGAUGUAUUUCAAGGCCUACCUUCAAACUCAGUGCCUCUUUGCUUGACAUCAUGGGAAAAUGAAAAGAAAUCAGCCAAGACCUCAGAAAAAAAGAUGUAGACCUCUACAAGUGUGGUUCAUCCUUGGGAGCAAUUUCCAAACGCCUGAAGGUACAUUUUUUACAUUUUACAUCAUUUAGCAGACGCUCUUAUCCAGAGCGACUUACAGUUAGUGCAUACAUUAUUCUUUUUUAUUUUCAUAUCCCAUAGGAAUCGAACCCACAACCCUGGCGUUGCAAACGCCAUGCUCUACCAACUGAGCUACCUCCCUGCCGGCCAUUCCCUUCCCUUCCCUGGACGACGCUGGGCCAAUUGUGCGCCGCCCCAUUGGUCUCCCGGUUGCGGCCGGCUACAGCAGAGCCUGGAUUCGAACCAGGAUCUCUAGUGGCACAGUGCCUUAGACCACUGCGCCACUGUACCACGUUCAUCUGUACAAACAAUAGUAUGCAGCUAUAAAUACCAUGGGACCACGCAGCCAUCAUACCGCUCAGGAAGGAGACGCGUUCUGUCUCCUAGAGAUGAACGUACUUUGGUGUGAAAAGUGCAAAUCAAUCCCAGAACAACAGCAAAGGACCUUGUGAAGAUGCUGGAGGAAACGGGUAGAAAAGUAUCUAUAUCCACAGUAAAGCAAGUCCUAUAUCGACAUAACCUGAAAGGCCGCUCAGCAAGGAAGAAGCCACUGCUCCAAAACCGCCAUAAAAAAGCCAGACUACGGUUUGCAACUGCACAUGGGGACAAAGAUUGUACUUUUUGGAGAAAUGUCCUCUGGUCUGAUGAAACAAAAAUAGAACUGUUUGGCCAUAAUGACCAUUGUUAUGUUUGGAGGAAAAAGGGGGUUACAUCAUGCUGUGGGGGUGCCUUGCUGCAGGAGGGACUGGUGCACUUCACAAAAUAGAUGGCAUCAUGAGGAAGGAAAAUUAUGUGGAUAUAUUGAAGCAACAUCUCAAGACAUCAGUCAGGAAGUUAAAGCUUGGUCGCAAAUGGUCUUCCAAAUGGACAAUGACCCCAAGCAUACUUCCAAAGUUGUGGCAAAAUGGCUUAAGGACAACAAUGUCAAGGUAUUGGAGUGGCCAUCACAAAGCCCUGACCUCAACCCUAUAGAAAAUUUGUUGGCAGAACUGAAAAAGCAUGUGCGAGUAAGGAGGCCUACAAACUUGACUCAGUUACACCAGCUCUGUCAGGAGGAAUGGGCCAAAAUUCACCCAAUUUAUUGUGGGAAGUUUGUGGAAGGCUACCCGAAACGUUUGACCCAAGUUAAACAAUUUAAAGGCAAUGCUACCACAUACUAAUUGAGUGUAUGUAAACUUCUUACCCAAUGGGAAUGUGAUGAAAGAAAUAAAAGCUGAAAUAAAUCAUUCUCUCUACUAUUAUUCUGACAUUUCACAUUCUUAAAAUAAAGUGGUGAUCCUAACUGACAGAAGACAGGGAAUUUUUACUAGGAUUAUAUGUCAGGAAUUGUGAAAUAUGGAGUUUAAAUGUAUUUGUCUAAGGUGUAUGUAAACUUAAUAUGUAUGUGUAUAUAAAAAACUAAUCAGGUUUUUGUGAUUUACAGUGUGGGAAUGUGGCUCUAUGAUUGUGUUAUUGUGUGAUAGGUAGGUACAGUAUAUGUGUGUGGGUGUGCAUGUAUUUGUGUGUGUGUGAGAAACUGACCCUCAUGCCUCAUAACCACCUCCCUGUAGCAUGGAUACACCUUUGUGGCGGAGGCCCACACACCUGACACACCCCUUGUGGGUGCCAAGUGGAGGAUGCGUCUGAUUGGCUCACAUGAUCCACUUCCUUGUCUGGCACGAGAGACUCCUCUCAACAACUUCUCUGUGAAGGAAUUCCAGGAUUACUACAUUCCCAAUGACAGGAACGUCAUCUGCAGGUAGCAUAACGGAAUAAUGACAGGGUAAAACAUACGUACUUAGGUUGGAAGGUGCCUCAUUUAAUUGUAACCAGUUAUAUGAUUAAUCAGGAAUUCAUAAUUGAUCACAUAAAAUUGAUUGAGGGCUUAGUCGUUCCUGGUCAGAUCACAUGGUUAGGAAAACCUCCUGGCACUACCAAUAAUAAACUCUGUAUAUUACGACAGGUAUUCUGUGAAGGUGACCGCGGACCACGCCGGUACGGUCCAGUUCCAGACGUCCAAACCGGAUGUUCACAUCCGCCUCUCCGUCCUGGACCAUGAGGAAGUGGUGGCCAGUAACACUGGGAAAGGCCAUGUGCUCAUCCCGGUAUUCCAGUUCCAUCCUAACAACUGUGAGUAACAAUGUUUUAAGGUCGGAUGGAAGAAAAUACAAAAAGUGCUUCUUAGAGGAGUCAUUGUGUUUUCAGGUGACUACCUCAUGAAGUUGGUUGAGAGAAUGCCAAGAGUGUGCAAAGCUGUCAUCAAGGUAAAGGGUGGCUAUUUGAAGAAUCUCAAAUAUAAAAUAUAUUUUGAUUUGUUUAACCCUUUUUUGGUUACUACAUGAUUCCAUAUGUGUUAUUUCAUAGUUUUGAUGUCUUCACUAUUAUUCUACAAUGUAGAAAAUAGUUUAAAAAAAUAAAGAAAAACACUUCACUGAGUAGGUGUGUCCAAACUUUUGACUGGUAGUGUACAUCCUUUAAGCAGGGUUCAUACAGACAUUGGCAAGUCAAAUUCAAGGACUUUCAGUGACCGAAAACCAGGUUCCUUUUUUAAUGGAAGGAUUUGUAUGGAAAGCCAAGUUGAAGCCAACGUUAGAUAUUGUCAUCAUCAUAAUAACCGCAUGUGGUUUUACCGUAGCAGAGUAGCGCAACACUCUUCAAUUGAAACGGCGGGAAACAAACAAAAGUAGCCACAUCUCUCACAAAAACAGAUCAAAAAUGAAAUCUCAGAUAAUUAUAAGGGAGCAGGAGAACUUAUAAAUUGGCUACAAUAAUUACAUAGAUUUUCAUAUUCAAGUAGGCUACUUCAAGCAUUUACAUUUAAAUAAUUUAGCAGACGCUCUUAUCCAGAGCGACUUACAGUUAGUGAGUGCAUACAUUUUCAUACUUGUCCCCCGUGGGAAUCGAACCCACAUCCCUGGCGUUGCAAGCACCAUGCUCUACCAACUGAGCUACACGGGACUACCCUUGUAUUGUUUAAAAUUGCAGUUGUAACAUGGAAAACAAAAUGUAUUUGUCAUGUUAUUUCAUUACCAGAUCAUAAUGUGAAUAAGCCCACUAGGCUAUGUCAUUUGUUGUCAUUAUAUCCAGAAUAAUGAACAGGAAUAGUGUUGGGUGUUGCGCAAUAGUCUGUCCUACACAAUUGCGCACAGUAGACUCUGUGUCCAAUCCGAGGCACAAAACCAUGAAAACAUGAACUCAUUACCUUGAUGCUUUCUCUGUUAAAUCUAACGCACCCUUCUGUAAAUCAAGCAGACAACAACCGAUGGUCAACAUCAAUUCACUAUGUGGAUCCAGGCACAACUGUCUUAACCGGCGUAACAAAUGAGACACCAAAAUAUUCUUUGCGAACACCUUUUUUCCAGCACUUGGGCUUUUGUUGCACAACAGCUGUUCAUCACUUGACUGUCAUUCGGAAAAUUCCUUCCUGGAUCAGAUGAUGAUGUGUGAAAAUGUCUCACCAUAACUAAUCAGCUAGACACCAAAUGCUCAUCCAACAUGUAUUAUGCAUAAUUAUUGAAGAACCACGUUAAUGAUAGUAUCGAUUUAGGUUUUAAGUAUCAAGGUGACUCUUUCGGUUAGAAGCAUUCGAUUUCGCAAUCGCAUACAUCAUUUUGGAUUUGUGUGCCCAUGAAAACUGUUUUCACCCCGUAACAUAUGGAGACACAAAAUGUUAUGUAGUUACACUGCAUUUCUGAGAUCUCUAUACAAAAAACUGUCAGACAGAUAGAUUCAGGAUUUUUACAGGGUUCAAGUGCCAUAAAUGCAAGGACAGAAAAGUAAUAUUUGAUGUCACACAAUUUUGAACCAAUCCGUCAAAACGCCAACCAUGAUAAAGGUUUAAACAUAGGUUUUAAAUCAACUUGUGCAUUUUAUUGAAUAUACAGUAGCUAUGAUCCCCCCUUAUACCUUAAUUUAGUGACAUGAUUUGUAUUUUGCAGAUUAUCAAUGAUUUAUCAACAGCUGUAACAAGUUGUCCAGUGUAGGAAAUCCUCACUGGUACCCUAGUUUAUAGAAAGACCCAUAUACUGUGAUGUACCUAUCGUUUUAAAGAGAUAUCUGCCAGCUCUCACAGCCAACCUUAUACACAGUGUGUACAGUACAUCAUGGUCACAGUCUGAAUCGUGCUGUCCCUAGCCUCACACCAGGCAAGUGUCACCCUAGAGUAGUGACUUUCUGAUGGCCAGGGCCAGCCUCCCUCCCUUGCGCACACACACACACAAACACACACACACGCCGAUACUGCCAUGUUUGUUGCAGAUACUGUAGAUGACGAUAUACACUCCCGUCUACAUACAAUGCAUUCGGAAUGUAUUCAGACCCCUUUACUUUUUCCACAUUUUGUUACGUUACAGCCUUAUUCUAAAAUUCAUUACAUUUUUUUAUUUUACAAAUAAAUAACCGAAAUACCUUAUUUAUAUAAGUAUUUGCACCCUUUGCUAUGAGACUCGAAGUUGAGCUCAGGUGCAUCCUGUUUCCAUUGAUCAUCCUUGAGCUGUUUCUACAACUUAAUUGGAGUCCACCUGUGGUAAAUUCAAUUGAUUGGACAUGAUUUGGAAAGGUACACACUGGUCUAUAUAAGGUCCCACAGUUGACACUGCAUGUCAGAGCAAAAACCAAGCCAUGAGGUCGAAGGAAUUGUCCGUAGUGCUCCGAGACAGGAUAGUGUCGAGGCACAGAUCUGGGGAAGGGUACCAAAAAAUGUCUGCAGCAUUGAAGGUCCCCAAGACCACCGUGGCCUCCAUCAUUCUGAAAUGAAAGAAGUUUGGAACCACCAAGACUCUUCCUACAGCUGGCCGCCCAGCCAAACUGAGCAAUCGGGGGGGGAAGGGCCUUGGUCAGGGAGGUGACCAAGAACCCGAUGGUAACUCUGACAGAGCUCCAGAGUUCAUCUGUAGAGAUGGGAGAACCUUCCAGAAGGACAACCAUCUCUGCAGCACUCCACCAAUCAGGCCUUUAUGGUAGAGUGGCCAGACGGAAGCCACUCCUCAGUAAAAUGAACAUGACUGCCUGCUUGGAGUUUGCCAAAGGCACCUAAAGGACUCUCAGACCAUGAGAAAAAAGAUUCUCUGGUCUGAUGACACCAAGAUUGAACUCGUUGGCCUGAAUUCCAAGCGUCACAUCUGGAGGAAACCUAGCACCAUCCCUACGGUGAAGCAUGGUGGUGGCAGCAUCAUGCUGUGGGGAUGUUUAUUAUUAUUAUAGUUAUGUUUUUCAGUGGCAGGGAGACUAGUCAGAAUCGAGGGAAAGAUGAACGGAGCAAAGUACAGAGAGAUCCUUGAUGAAAACCUACUCUGGAUCUCAGACUGGGGCGAAGGUUCAGCUUCCAACAGGACAAUGACCCUAAGCACACAGCCAUGACAAUGCAGGAGUGGCUUCGGGACAAGUCUCUGAAUGUCCUUGAGUGGCCGAGCCAGAGCCCGGACUUGAACCCGAUCGAUCAUCUCUGGAGAGACCUGAAAAUAGCUGUGCAGCGAUGCUCCCCAUCCAACCUGACAGAGCUUGAGAGGAUCUGCAGAGAAGAAUGGCAGAAACUCCACAAGCUUGUAGCGUCAUACCCAAGAAGACUCAAGGCUGUAAUCGCUGCCAAAGGUGCCUCAACAAAGUACUGAGUAAAGGGUCUGAAUACUUAUGUAAAUGUGAUAUUUCCGUGUUUUAUUUUUACAAUUUCUAAAAAACAGUCAUUAUGGGGUGUUGUGUGUAGAUUGAUGAGGAAAAAAAUUAUUGUAUCAAUUUUAGAAUAAGGCAUUAACGUAACAAAAUGUGGAAAAAGUCAAGGGGUCUGAAUACUUUCCGAAUGCACUGUAUGUAUUUGGACAGUGAUGCUAAAAUUGUAAAUUUGGCUGUAUAUACAGUAUUUUUUAAAAUACAUAUCUGAUUUACCAAAUAUAAAUGAAAGCACUUCAUAUACUGUAUCUAGACCCCCAUUUGAAGAUUGAAGUAUUUGGACACAUUUCACUUAUAGCAUUUUAACCCUCAUCAAAUCACAUUUUAUUUGUCACAUGCUUCGUAAACAACAGGUGUAGACUAACAGUGAAAUGCUUACUUACGGGCUCUUCCCAACAAUGCAGAGAAGAAAAAGUGAAAUAAUAGAAAAACCUCAUACUACUGACUGGGGUCAUUUUGACCCAGAGGUAUAUUUGUUAUCAUAGCCCAAAUGUGGUUUAUUCAAUUCUUCCUAUUUUUCAUGACUCUGUCUAUCAACUUGUUCUUAACAAAUAUAAAUAAUUGUUUCGUGUUUCUGUAUCAUUAUGGACUUUGGGGUAAUUUAGACCCAGGGCUCUAAAGUGCGACCAAAUGCUGUGCGACCAGUACUUUUAUUUUGAGAGAACUGUGCGACAAAAAAAUUAUAAAGAUUUGACCCCAGCCAAAAACACCUAAUUCCGCCUAUAGUAAUUUGAUAAAUAGGACCUUUAUUUUAAUCUAGUUUUCUCUGGAGACAUAAUUACAAGUUAUCCAUACCACCAGAGGGUGGAGGGGGACCUGUAUCAGCGAUUUUGGCCAUAUAGACAGAUCGUCUGCCAAGAUAUAGCACCCCAUAUACUCUCCUAAGAUUGUACUUUUCUAUACCACGUAUUGUAUGACUGUGUAAAAAAAAAAAAAAAAGUACCUUAUUUUUGUGCAUAAAGAAAUCUGCCAAUGGUAUACAUACUUAAUAGAACUGCAGUACAGAACUCAGAUACACUCUGAAAGCUGUAUUGGUGUGCAUUCUCCGAAGGUAGUUAUUCUAGGGCAAAUCUAAAAAAGUGUUUAUUUGAAUCCAGGUUUCUCUUAACUUAUAAGAUAUACAGUACAUAUCCUCAGAGGGUGGAGGGGGACCUGUAUCAGUGAUUUUAACCAGAUAGACAGAUCACCUGUAAAGAUGGAGCACCUUAUGUACUCACCUAUGGUUGUAACUGUUUAUAACUAGGUAUGACCGUGUAGAAAAUCUAAAUUACUUUACAUAGAUGCUUAGUUGCAGUCAAAACAGUUCAUAAAAGCUUGCCAGUGGUAUGAAUACUUGGUAGAACUGUAGUACAGAAACCAGCUACCCUCUAAAUGUUCACAUAUUGAUGUGUAUUCCAGAAUUGUACAUUGUAAAAACCAGAAUUCCUAUAAUAUCCUCCAAUAUUCUAAAUGUGCAACAUGUAAUGGUAUUUGGGUUGCUAUAACAUUUGGUUUGAAGUGAUUUUGAGGAUAUGAGUAUGCUUAUUAAAGCAUACUGCCAUAAGCCCUAUCACUCCCAUUGUUUCACUAGCAGUGAUGCUAAUGCUGGUUGUGGGGUAAGUAAAUAACAAAAACUAAGCUAUAUUCUUGGUCAUUGUGUACCGCCCCUUUAAAUGACAGUCGUAUUUACCACAUCAAUAUGACACUUAAAAAUUCUAAAAACGAAAUGAUACUACAGUCAAGUGAUGGUAAAUCUGCUUUUUAGUACUUACGUUGGUUGUACUUUGUAAAAAAAAAGCUGCACGUUAUUUAAGAGACACAUUUAUAUUUAUAUGCAAAUUAACAGUAAUUUUGCUAAAAUACCAGGCUGUUUUGGUAGUUUGUAUUUCAGAAAACAUUAUUUAUAUGUCUUAUGAUGUUUUGAUAAGAAUUAAGAAUUAAGCAACAAUCAUAUUUUGCUAUGAUUGUUGCUUUUCCAAUAGUUUCUUCUUGGGGUCAAAAUGACACCAGUUGGUGAUCCAUGUAUGUAAAAUAUGUUGUUAGGAUGAGGGUUAAAGUAGUCAAAAGUGUAGUAUUUGGUCCCAUAUUCCUUGCACACAAUGACUACAUGAAGCUUGUGACUCUACAAACUUGUUGGAGGCAUUUACAGCUUGUGUUGGUUGUGUUUCGGAUUAUGUUUUGUCCAAUAAGAAGUGAAUUGUGAAUAAUGUAUUGUGUCAUUUUGGAGUCACUUUUAAUGUUAAAAUAAUAGAAGAUGUUUGGGUACAUUUCUACAUGAAUGUGGAUGCUACCAUGAUUAUGGAUAAUCAUGAAUGAAUCAUGAAUGAUGAUGAGUGAGAAAGUUACAGAAGGACAAAGUAAGUAGAGGUUAGCAUGCUUUGUUGUAGCCUCUGUAACUUUCAGAAACAUCUCAUCUACUCACUUAGAAAGAAAAUUACUCCAGUCAUCAACCCAAAACACAACUAAAACAAAUGCAUCCAAUGAGUUUGUAGCGUCACAAGCUUAAUGUAGUCAUUGCGUGCUAGGAAUAUGGGACCAACUACUAAACUUUUGACUACUUUGGUACACUAUAAGUGACAUUUGUCCAAAUACAUCUUAUGACAUCUUCAAAUGGGGGGGACUAGAUCUAUAAAGUGCUUUCAUUUCUAAACUGUAUAUAAAAUAUGUAUGGAAAUACCCUCAAGUAAAAGGUGACAUUCUGUACUGUCACCUCAUAUGAAACAAUUGAUCUUGAAUCCAAAAUGCUGGAGUAUAGAGACACAUUUAACAUUUUAGCAUCACUGUCCAAAUACAUACGUAGGGGAGGGUAAGGUAUUCUGUUUUUGCGAGUCUAUGACAUUACCCAUUUGUUUUCAGUGUAAUGGUGACUGCUCAUAUUCUGCAGUGCCAGCCUUUCUCUCUCUCUCUCUGCCACACUGUGAACACAGCAGCAGCAUCACGCCAUGGUGAUGUCCGUCUGUCUGUCCGCCUGUCUGCCUGUCUGCCUGUCUGUCUGUCAGCCUUUAAACAUGCCCUGAAUCAAUGAAUAGUCUAUCAGCCAGGCCUGCAGCCAACCUGUCAAUCGCAAUCAGAUCCAGUCCGGAAGGCACAACAUUUAUCAUGCAAUGCUGUUUUCUGCUACUUAAACUAUAGUGAGGGGAGAGUAAACAACCAUUUAGGGUGAAUGUCCCCUGUAGGGUUGGGCAAGGGGCUAAGAGUCUCUCAGAGUUGCGUAAUUCGUUAUUAGUGAGUUGGCUUGGGGACAAAUGAUAGAGAAGUAAAACUGAGGACUAGAUAUUCCAUCUAACCUGCAUAUAAACAUUUGAGUAUGUUCGCUGUAAAGGGGUUGCCGUGAAUUUGACAGUAACAGGCAUGCUCAGUGGAAAGGAAAAUUCUGUAUUUCAUACUGUAAUAUACAUACGGCAUCAAGUACUGUGUAAUGACACACAGUACAAUACCGUAAAAUUGACUGUAUUAUACUGUAAAAAAGUAAAUGCUACGAUAAUCGGAAUUAAUUAUUGAAUAGAUGGAUGAAUGGAUGUAUUUUACUGUAAUUACAAGGGAUUGGUAAAACAGGUUGGAUGCUAGGUAAAGUUUUUACACAAUACAGCAUGAAUAUUUUGUGUUUUAUAUCACUUGCACUUCUAGAGGCCAUAAGAAAGUCAUCCAAACUGUGACUACAGGGCAAAACAGACCAAAAGGCACAUGGCAAAAUGCUCAACCAUUGAAGGUUCAAGACUUGCAGCCACUCCAAUCUGUCCCCUUUACAUGUUAAAUUGUAAGUUCAAUUGUUACAGCAACCUCACUCAUUCGUGUAACUAAUAUAGCCUCUUACAAAGCACGCCUCCACAUAUGUUAAUGAGCCAGAAACAACAAUACCAUGCACCUACUAGUGGUCAAAAGGUUUUUGGCGCUCCAAAAGUACGGUACGGUACUGUAUUCUGUGGGGUGGAAUUACAGUACCAUUCGAAAUACAGCAAUGCUUUCCCUGUCCACAACAUUUUCACACAAUGCACCAUCAUUUACAGUAUACUGCAGUAAAACAUUUCAGAGUACAAUUUUUACUGUGAAGAAUACCCCAAAUUACCGUAUACAUGACAGUUUUCCGUUACAGUGUAUAAAGCUGUGAAAUAACCAGGUCGACUCCCCUCAAAGGUAGAUGUGUCAAGAUUUGAGACUAAGAUAAGCAUUUUGGCUGGUUUGACCGAUUGUCAUUGUCACUAAAAUACUCUGACACACAGACAGGCAAAAACCCUGACACUCCAAGACUGCUCUCUCAAUCUAUGUUUCCACUUACGUUCAUCUGUCUGAAAGGUCUAAAGCAUUUUUCUGACAUUUUUAUUUUUAUUCUUAUUUAGUUUUUUGGAAUUGGAACUUCUAUGAAAAUCCAUAUUGUGUUUUGCGUGUCACAGCCGCCUCCUGCGGACCCCCCCAGGCAGAUGGAAAGCAGAGCCAGGAAGAGGCCAGAGUGACAGGCUCUACCCAGGGAGGAGGGGGCCAGGAGGGCAUGGCCACGGAGACUCCCCCCCUGACCGACCAGACCCAGAACCAGCCUCACACCCAGACCCAGCCACCCAUGGAGACUAUGGUAUCAACGCUGACAGCUCACCUUUCAACCAUCGCCUAUAUGAUAGAUUAUGCUGUCACACACACACACACACACUAUGGAGGAGGGGAAGGAAGAAGGAAAGAGUUUGAUGAGGAGUGAAGAUACAGAAGAAUUGGCGAGUUGUUUUGUUAUCUUUUGCUCUCGUAUCGCUCUACCUAUAAGGGAGGCUCUGAUUUCCACAUGAUUUAUGAGUUGCUACUGAGUUUGCCGCCAGACCUCACAGGCUCCCAUGUUACAGUCAAACAGACAGUAUGGGAUAGUUUGGUUCACACACUCAGUUACUGGUUAUCUGAGUCACAUUGUACCCUUCCAAUGGACAUCGCUGUCUUUGGGUGAAACCUCUCUUCAGAGGCAGAUUAUUGAGCAUUCUCUCAACUCUGUUACAUCAAACAACAACAACAAAAACAACCCUGUAGCAUCAAUGGUAAUGAGCUAUUAGCGAACCUCUGAUCUGAUGUAGUGCUGUUCAGGUGCGACAGAUCAGAAUGAAGAGGUAUCGAUCAGUAUUAUAGUGGCUUGGUGCCCCAGUCAAUGAUCAAGAUGCUGCUUGCCCCUACACCAACAUAUUGAUGCUCACUGGCAAACUGCUUUUACACCACUCUAAACAGCAUACUGUUAGAACUAUAUUAUACAUGUAUCUAAAUGAUCACAAAGGAACAACUAACUAAAUGUGAUGUUUACUGUGUCUGUAUCUCUUUGACUGUCUCUCUUAGGGUCGUUCAGUACAUACUGUAUCACUGACAGUGGCUUAGGUGCUGCUGAUAUUUCUCUGUGGUGGUUGUGUUGUUGUUAUGAUGUUUUUCUCUAUUUCUCUCUCAUCUCAGACGGAAAUGCUAUUACUGUUAUUGUUGACUGUAUUGCCUGAAUUUGAAGGCAUGUAUAUAGUGCAGGGCAGGCAGAGGUGUACUUGUUUGUGUGUGUGUUGUUGUUUUUGUUGUUGUUGACUGUUGUCUCUCGUUCUCUCAGGGCCAUAAGUACAUAGUGGUGGCGGAGGUGUUGCAUAAGAGCUGGGCUCUCGACAACUCUCAGAUGGCCUUUGUCCGUACGCUCAGGGACCUGGAGAGGAACGAGAUGAAAGGUACUCACACCAGCCAAUCAUAGACGCACAAUCCCCUUCAGCCGGACCCCUAGAGAACACACCAACAAAUCACAAAUGCACAAUACCCACAAUCCUGCCAAAGAGUGAGCCCAGCUGCCAAUAAGAGGCUCAGAAUUAUAAUAUUAUCUUCUGCACAGACAUUCAGAAAGGCCAUCCGAUGAUUCACAAGUCCCAACCGACAAAUUUGUUUGUAAUCUGCGCGAGUGAAUGACAUGAAGGGGGAUAUGACAUGUACUGAGUUCUUGAAUUUAGUCUCAGACCCCCAAAAAAAGUUUGACUCCUCUCUUCUGUCUCGGACAGUUACUCACUAGCCAGUGACACACUUUGUCCACUCUGGUCACCUCACUUCACCCAAUCAGUGGUCAGGUACACUACUCUGCAGUCUGAAGCAAUAGGCUAUUAUCCCAAAGAGAUAUUGGGGUUAUUUUGGGUCAGGUUUCAACUUCACUUUAAAAUAUACUGAAUAUUUGGGUUGGAAUCACAUAAUUCAUUCAUAUUGCAAUUCAGAUAAUGUCCCCAAUAUGCAUGAGGUUAGUAAUCACAUUUCCAUAUUGCAUAUUGCAUUUCAGAUGCCCCCAAUGUUCUCCUCUGAAUCCUGAUCGGAUGUCGCAUCCCUGUGUUUGUUUUCCGAGCUUAUUGUUUUGCAUGUUGCAUCUGAAAUGUGCCAGAUAUGCAGCAGGCAGGCAGGUCUCUGUCUGUUCGCCCUGUGACUAGCCAUGGGGCUGUAUUCACAUCCCUAAUGAAAGGCAGAUGAAUAUAGCUGCUUUAGCAGAUCACUAGAUGUGAUUUGGGAGGCCCUGUGGCCCCUCUGAUUGAGGCAAUAACCCCGUGUCAUUGCUACUGCCUCUCAGAUGGCUUUGGAUGCUGCACAAAUUAGACGGGCAAGGGAAGAAACAGAAAAUUGACUAAAACUCAGAAAAGCAAAAAAUUCUUAGGGGAUAAAUUAAUUGAGGGAUGGAUAUUGGUGGGGUGAGGGGGAGGUGGGACUAGGCGAGUGCAGUCAGAUUUGCAUGAUUGCCUGAAGAUAAUUGCUUGCCUAAUAAUAUUAGAAUUCCUUUUGUCUUCUCAAUCUUGCAAUCUGGAAAAUAACUCCUAUACCCAUUCAGUUUGCACAGCAGAAAAUCGGAAUAAAGGUUCUCUCUGUACAUAUGUGCGUGUGUGUCAGUGUCCAUUGAGGCAGUCUUGAAUUCUCAUGCCUAUCGGUAUGUGUGUAUUGAUUCUAAAGGAAAAGAGAGUCCUAUUUGUCUAUUAGAUAUGACAGAAUGUUUUAAAGUGCUGGUCGUUAGUGUAAAAAAUAUAUUGACAGAAGGAAAGUGAAUUAAUUUCGCCCAGUUUAACUCUGUGUCUCAGUGGUGUGGGAACAGAUCAUGGUUACAGCUCUAUGUAGCUGCUACUGGCCUUUCAAGCCUCUCAGCCAUGCCCUCAAUACACUGAGCAGGUUCUUCAUUUACUUGGUCCUGGUUAAAUGACUAGGAACUGGGCUGCUUGAUGUUUAGUUAUAGGAGGGCAAGGUUUAUAGUCUCUUUAGGAUAUAGGUUAGAUAUAAGUGUACAUACCAAAGACAAAAAUAAAUCUUCCAUACUGCAUUCGGAAAGUGUUCAGACCCUUUCCCUUUUUCCACAUUUUGUUACGUUACAGCCUUAUUCUAAAAUUGAUCAAAUAAAAUCCCCCAUAAUGACAAAGCGAAAACAGGUUUAUAGAAUCUUUUUUGCAAAUAUAUUAAAAAUAAAAAACUGAAAUACGUUUGGAACCACCAAGACUCUUCCUAGAGCUGGCCGUCCGUCCAAACUGAGCCAUCGGGGGAGAAGGGCCUUGGUCAGGGAGGUGACCAAGUACCGGAUGGUCACUCUGACAGAACUCCAGAGUUCCUCUGUGGAGAUGGGAGAACCUUCCAGAAGGACAACCAUCUCUGCAGCACUCCACCAAUCAGGUCUUUAUGGUAGAAUGGCCAGACGGAAGCCACUCCUCAGUAAAAGGCACAUGACAGCCCGCUUGGAGUUUGCCAAAGGCACCUAAAAGACUCUCAGACCACGAGAAACAAGAUUCUCUGGUCUGAUGAAACCAAGAUUGAACUCUUUGGCCUGAAUGCCAAGCGUCACGUCUGGAGGAAACCUGGCACCAUCCCUACAGUGAAGCAUGGUGGUGGCAGCAUCAUGCUGUGGGCAUGUUUUUCAGUGCCAGGGACUGGGAGACUAGUCAGGAUCGAGGGAAAGAUGAACGAAGCAAAGUACAGAGAGAUCCUUGAUGAAAACCUGCUCCAGAGUGCUCUGGACCUCAGACUGGGGGUGAAGGUUCACCUUCCAACAGGACAACGACCCUAAGCACACAGCCAAGACAACGCAGGAGUGGCUUCGGGACAAGUCUCUGAAUGUCCUUGAGUGGCCCAGCCAGAGCCCGGACUUGAACUCGAUCGCACAUCUCUGGAGAGACCUGAGAAUAGCUGUGCAGCGACGCUCCCCAUCCAAUCUGACAGAGCUUGAGAGGAUCUUAAGAGAAGAAUGGGAGAAACUCCUCAAAUACCGGUGUGCCAAGCUUGUAGCGUCAUACCCAAGAAGACUCAAUGCUUUAAUCGCUGCCAAAGGUGCUUCAACAAAGUACUGAGUAAAGGGUCUGAAUACUUAUUUUUUUAUUUAUAAAUUUGCAAAUGUUUUUAAAAACCUGUUUUUGCUUUGUCAUUAUGGGGUAUUCUGUGUAGAUUGAUGAAAAAAAAACAAUUUAAUCAAUUUUAAAAUAAGGCUGUAACGUAACAAAAUGUGGAAGAAGUCAAGGGGUCUGAAUACUUUCCGAAUGCGCUGUAGUACAGGGCGAUUUCCAAGCUAGGUCUGUGGCGCAGCACUGCUAGCCGUUGCCAUGGUUUCACUUCCUUGAUAUUAUUGUCUGUGAUGUGGACAAGACAGAGUGACUUCUAUUAAAUGUGAAAACAGCAUUUUUUACUAGACAAGAAUGUUAUUGGUAGUGGUGAGUUGUGAUCACAAUGGCUUGGUGAGGUGAGCAUCAUGCUCUGUAGUUAUCAACCCCUUCAGUACAUGUUACAGGUUGUCAGUUAAAAUGAGGGAUUAUCAAGCAUUUCUAUUGGAAUAGGGGGACUUGGAGAAUAGCAGUGGUAGUGUUGCAUUGAUUUACAGUAGUAGUUGCAAACACAGUGCAACAGUGCCAUCUAGCACACACUCUGUCUCCUACACACGCUGACAGGUGUUGUGUUGUACGCUUAAUCUUUACUCAAUUGAGUGUGAACGGACUAAUGAGAAUGACUACGUUGGUCAUAAUACUUUUGGAUUAAAAACACAAUUUUGCUUAAUUUUAAUGGCUGGAGAAUUGCUUGUCAUUUAUUGCCCUUUCAUGCAGUAAUGGUAAUGCAUGUCAGUUGUUUUUCUAAGCAAUGAUGGUAUUGCACAAAUGGCGUUCCCUUGUGGAAAUGUUGUUUGGAAUGGCUUGAUCAUUGCCAUGUGUCGUGAUUCCACUGUAUAAACAGCAGGAAGGCAUCAGACCUUGACAGGAAUAUAGACCUAAACAAGUCAGAUACACAAUGCACAGAUUACUCUCACAGAACAAUGCACAGAAUACUAUCACAGAAUAAUGCACAGAAUACUCUCACAUAAUCUCUAUGCGGCAUGUAGCUUAGUGGGUAAGAGCGUUGUGCCAGUAACCGAAAAGUCGCUGGUUCUAAUCCCCGAGCCGACUAGGUGAAAAAUCUGUCGAUGUACCCUUAAGUAAGGCACUUAACCCUAAUUGCUCCUGUAAGUCGCUCUGGAUAAGAGCGUCUGCUAAGUGACUAAAAUAUAAAAUAUAAUCAAGACUAAGAAGUUAUUAGAAUACCAAUGUAUCUAUAAGGCUUGGAUUGCUAAGUGCUUUUUUGACAUACUGUAUAUAUUUGUAAUGUAAUGAGAGCUAUACAAAUACAUUUGAUUGAUAGGUUCAGUGCGUGUACCUGUCCUGCUACUGACCAUCUGAUCGUUGACCUCUUUUCUCAUUGGUCCUUGGUCAUAGUGCACGGGGAGAAGCACGAAGACCCGACAACUCCGGUCAGUGGUGACGCCCAGAGCAGCGAGGGCCAGAAGUCAUCCACCCCCAAGGGCAGUCGCAAGGGCAAAGGCGACAAGGACAAACCCCCAGCCAAGCCUGGCUCCAGGAUGGAAACGGUAGGUAACACUGCAAACUGACAGCUGACCACCACUGAUUAUUAUACCCUACGCUGUUUACAUAGACAAUAUAAAGCAAAAUAUGGGCAUUACUUGAUAAUAACUUAGUAGUUGUUCCUUCGUUUCUUUGGGAUUCAAAGUAUUAGUUGUGCAUCUACUAAAUGGUUUUGUUACAUGUAGCUUUGGAUAAAAGCCUCUGACUAACCUAAUAAGUGUAUUAUAUUAUCUCAUGACAGAGCAGACCAGUGAUCCUGUCAUCCCUGUAUAUAUUUAUUUUUAUUUAUUGAAUUUUUUAACCAAUUUUUCUCCCCAAUUUUCAUGAAAUCCAAUUGGUAGUUACAGUCUUGUCCCAUCGCUGCAACUCCCGUACGGACUCAUCUUGACACACUGCUCGCUUAACCCGGAAGCCAGCCGCACCAAUGUGUCUGAGGAAACACCGUACAACUGGCAACCGAAGUCAGCGUGCAUGCGCCUGGCCCGCCACAAGGACUCGCUAGAGCGCAAUGGGACAAGGACAUCCCGGCCGGCCAAACCCUCCCCUAACCCGGAAGACGCUGUGACACAGCCUGGGAUCGAACCCGGGUCUGUAGUGAUGCCUCUAGCACUGCGAUGCAGUGCCUUAGACCGCUGCGCCACUCAGGAGGCAUGCCUGUAUUGAUUUAAUAGAUCUAACUACAGCUCUGACCAUGCUCUGCUCCCUUCAUAAUUGCUUUUCUCCACUGCCUCUUUGUCACAAACACUGAAGACAAUGCGAUUUGCAAGGCAGAUUUCUCUAAAACCGCUCUCCUUGACAAAAUGUAAAUGUUGACGUUGCCGUUGUUUUGCUGCACCGUUGAUGAAGCGCGAGCUGAAAGAGAGAGAGAGAGGAUAUGAUUUGUGAAUAGAUGAGCUGAGAAAUGAUCCUCCAUUAUGUGCAUGGAUGAGAUAGACAGGUGAAAACAUCAUGACUUGGAGCUGUCUCUCUUCUCUCUUUAUGCAAGAAGGGCUGUCUAUAGCACCAUAAGAAAGAGAUAUCAGGAGAUAUCUGAAACCUCCCUCUGAAGCUUAUGAAGGCAAUGUGUGUGCGUGUGUGAGCGUGUGUGUGUUUGGGUGUGUGUUCACAUCCGUCUGUGUGUGUGUAGAGCCUGGACCAGUCGAAGCCUUACUGGACACUGCGUGUGGUGAGUGACCAGUGUGAUGCGGAGGUCAUCGAGGUGAGGAAGGACACAGAGAGACUGGAUGAGAUCAGAGCUAUGAAACAGGCCUGGGAGACCGCUGAGCCUGGCAGGUGUAUCAAGGUAGAACAAACUCUAUAGUCUCUCUCUCCUUUUUUGUUUCUCUCUCUUUCUCUCUCUCUCUCUUCUCUCUCUCUCUCUCUCUCUCUUCUCUCUCUCUCUCAUUAUAUGGUGAUUGAGUAUUAAUCAAUAGUAAUAGAUGUGUAACAGUAUUGAGGAUGUUGUAAUGUGUUUCAGGCCCUACAGUCCAGACUACAGUUCAUUAACAAACUCCUAUGUGGGGCCAAUGCAGACACACCCACUGAUAGGACAGAGAGUGGAGAUCCAGGUACCACACUCUGCAAACUCACCUACGCACACGUGACCUGAGUAUUUCAUUUUAUACAGUAUUUUGUAGAACAGUUGAUGAAAGGAAUGUUCACCUGUUAUGAACAAUAGGUUUAGUGAUGUGUCCAUUUCUGGUUCUCCUGCAGCUAUCCACUCCCAGUCUCCUGAUGCUCAUAUUAGUCCGUCCAAUCAGGAGCUGGCUCUCCUCAGCCAACCAGAUCCCUCCCAGCCCUACUUACCCAUGGACUACACCCCCUUCAUCAGGUAUCUCACUCUCUCAGUACAAUGCACUCUCCUUCAUUCCUCCCUUCCCCUCACUCUCUUUCUCUUUCUCUCUCUUUCACUCCUCUACAUUACGGCUUUUGGUGAUAAGUUUUUCCAGUUUGGUAAGAGGAAGAGUGGUCUCCCUGGCCCAUAGAGUACAAUCCACUGAAGCCCUUUAACCAGCUGUCCUGCCCUCUCCUCUCCAGUCCCCUCCAGUCCCCUAGUUUCCUCUCUCAGUAACCCACAGUAAUGAGAUGUUUCCCCUCACCAGCCCAGACUAGCCCAUCGUACAGGUCCCUCUUUGCAGGGUCGGGAGGUGAUACACAGCCUGGUCUGGCUCAUUUCCUGCUGUCACUGGACAAGCUGUUUUCAUCUGCACCAUGGCUCUCUGUUGUGCGUGCGUGCGAGGAAUGGAUAAUGCACCCUCACAUGUUAUCCUUCCUCGACAAAGGUAGUGGGUUAUAAUCUGUGGAGUUUUAAUACAGCUGGUCUGUGGACUCUGUGUUGUGUAUAGAGAAACACAUUUCACCGACCUGGAGUCACAGGGGUAGAAGGCGAGAGGAGGAGAAUUCCAAUCUCUAGCUGAGACCUGUACACUAUUACUCAGUGUUUUUGUUGAAGACACUGUUUAAUUUUCCUCUGCUGAAGGUAAUAGUGGAUAGAACGUCUACUGUCUCCUUCCUUCAGAGUGUGUGUGUGUGCUUGCGUGCGUGCCUACUCAGCAGCCCUCCCGGUCUCCAUACAUCAGCAGGUUUAGCCUCGCUAGCUUUUCUUUCUGGUCCUCUCUGGGGUCGCGACCCCAGCAUCCAUUAGAGCUGUAAACAGCAGCAUGACAAGAUGCCAAUGUUUGGAGGAUAUAUUGGCACGGUUUGCCGGCCCUCGACUUCGUCUCGUGCCUAACAACACCCUUGCCAGUACAAUGCAUUCGGAAAGUAUUCAGACCCCAUUGGUUUUUCCACAUUUUGUUUUGUUACAGCCUUAUUAAGUAAAAUAAAAUCCUCAUCAAUCUAGACACAAUACACCUUAAUGACAAAGCGAAAACAGGUUUUUAGACAUUUUUGAAAAUACCUUAUUUACGUUAGUAUUCAGACCCUUUGCUAUGAGACUCGAAAUUGAGCUCAGGUGCAUCCUGUUUCCAUUGAUCAUCCUUGAGAUAUUUCUGCAACUUGAUUGGAGUCCAACUGUGGUCAAUUCAAUUGAUUGGACUUAUUUUUAAAGGCACACACCUGUCUAUAUAAGGUCCCACAGUUGACAAUGCAUGUCAGAGCAAAAACCAAGCCAUGAGGUGGAAGGAAUUGUCCGUAGAGACAGGAUUGUGUCGAGGCACAGAUCUGGGGAAGGGUACCCAAAAAUGUUGCCAGCAUUGAAGGUCCCUAAGAACACAGUGGCCUCCAUCAAUCUAAAAUGGAAGAAGUUUGGAACCACCAAGACUCUUCCUAGAGCUGACCGCCCGGCCAAACUGAGCAAUCUGGGGAGAAGGGCCUUGGUCAGGGAGGUGACCAAGAACUGUUACCCAAGAAUGGUAAAGCGGCCUUUACUGGUUCUAACAGUAGACCUAUAAGCUUGCUGCCAGCUCUUAGCAAACUGUUGUGUGUUGACCAAAUACAUUGCUAUUUCUCUGUAAACAAAUUAACAAGAGUCUUUCAACAUGCUUAUAGGGAAGGGCACUCAACAUGUACUGCACUGACACAAAUGACUGAUGAUUGGUUGAAAUAAAUUGAUAAUAAGAAGAUUGUGGGAGCUAUACUGUUAGAUUUCAGUGCAGCCUUUGAUAUUAUUGAUCAUAACCUGUUGUUGAAAAAACGUAUGUGUUAUGGCUUUUCAACCUCUGCCAUAUCGUGGAUUCAAAGAUAUCUAUCUAAUAGAACUCAGAGUUUUAUUUAAUGGAAGCUUCUCUAAUGUCAAAAAUGUAAAGUGUGGUGUACCACAGGACAGCUCUCUAGGCCCUCUGCUCUUUUCUAUUUUUACUAAUGACCUGCCACUGGCAUUAAACAAAGCAUGUGUGUCCAUGUAUGCUGAUGAUUCAACCAUAUACGCAUCAGCAACCACAGCUAAUGAAGUCACCGAAACCCUUUACAAAGAGUUGCAGUCUGUUUUGGAAUGGGUGGCCACUAAUAAACUGGUGCUGAACAUCUCUAAAACUAAGAGCAUUGGAUUUGGUACGAAUCAUUCAAGUUCUAGACCUCAGAUGAAUCUGGUAAUGAAUGGUGUGGCUGUUGAACAAGUUGAGGAGACUAAAUUACUUGGCGUUACCUUAGAUUGUAAACUAUCAUGGUCAAAACAUAUAGAUUCAAUGGUUGUAAAGAUGGGGAAAGGUCUGUCCGUAAUAAAGAGAUGCUCUGCUUUUUGGACACCACACUCCAAAAAGCAAGUUCUGCAGGCUCUAGUUUUGUCUAAUCUGGAUUAUUGUCCAGUUGUAAUAAUAUAAUAUGCCAUUUAGCAGACGCUUUUAUCCAAAGCGACUUACAGUCAUGCGUGCAUACAUUAUUAUUAUUAUUAUUUUUUUUUUGUAUGGGUGGUCCCGGGGAUCGAACCCACUACCUUGGCGUUACAAGCGCCGUGCUCUACCAGCUGAGCUACAGAGGACCACAAUGGUCCAGUGCUGCAAGGAAAGACCUAGUUAAGCUGCAGCUGGCCCAAAACAGAGCGGCACGUCUUGCUCUUCAUUGUAAUCAGAGGGCUGAUAUAAAUGCUACGCAUGCCAGUCUCUCUUGGCUAAGAGUUGAGGAGAGACUGACUGCAUCACUUCUUCUUUUUAUAAGAAACAUUAAUGUGUUGAAAAUUCCAAAUUUUUUGCAUAGUCAAUUUACACACAGCUCUGACACACACACUUACCCCACCAGACAUGCCACCAGGGGUCUUUUCACAGUCCCCAAAUCCAGAACAAAUUCAGUAAAGCGUACAGUAUUAUAUAGAGCCAUUAUUGCAUGGAACUCCGUUCCAUCUCAUAUUGCUCAAAUAAACAGCAAACCUGGUUUAAAAAAACUGAUAAAGCAACACCUCACGGCACAAUGCCUCUCCCCUUUUUGACCUAAAUAGUUCGUGUGUAUGUAUUGAUAUGUAGGCUACGUGUCCCUACAUGUAUGUAGUUCUGUCCUUGAUCUGUUCUUGUCUAUUAAUGUUAUGUAUUAUGUAUCAUGUUUUGUGUGGACCCCAGGGAGAGUAGCUGCUGCUUUUGCAACAGCUAAUGGGGAUCCUAAUAAAAUACCAAUACCAACCCGAUGGUCACUCUGAUAGAGUUCUUCUGUCGAGAUGGGAGAAACUUCCAGAAGGACAACCAUCUCUGCAGUACUCCACCAAUCAGGCAUUUAUGGUAGAGUGACCAGACGGAAGCCAAUCCUCAGUAAAAGGCACAUGACAGGCAGCUUGGAGUUUGCCAAAAGGCACCUAAAGGACUCUCAGACCAUGAGAAACAAGAUUCUCUGGUCUGAUGAAACCAAGAUUGAACUCUUUGGCCUGAACUCCCCAAAUACAGGUCUGCCAAGCUUGUAGCGUCAUACCCAAGAAGACUUGAGUCUGUAAUCACUGCCAAAGGUACUUCGACAAAGUACUGAGUACUGGUCUGAAUACUUAUGUAAACGUGAUAUUUCAGUUGUUAUUUGUAAUACAUUUGCAAAAAUGUCAUAAAAACAGUUUUUGCUUUGUGAUUAUUGGGUAUUGUGUGUAGAUUGAUGAGGGUAAAAAACAAUUUAAUCAAUUUUAAAAUAAGGCUGUAACGGAACAACAUGUUGAAAAAGUCAACGGCUCUGAAUACUUUCCGAAUGCACUGUAUAUCCUCCAAACACAGGCUUUGAGGGCAUUAUCACUUUUAUACAACUGGUUAUCAACAUAUUCAAAUAAUGCUUUACAUAUUUUCAUUAAAAGCAUUAUUUUUAUUAAUGUAUUAAUUUCAUCCUUCCACGAGAUAUAGUCCCGACACAAAUCUAGGGUUGCUAUCCAAGCCGGCUGGUCGUUCAUUCUAUUGGUUCGGUUGCCAGAGACGCAACCCAGUCGUUCAGUCUUUUUGUUCUGUAUCUAUGGUGCCAUGCUGGCUGGAAACUUUCUUAUCCCUUGCUUGCUAGCUAGUCAACUACGGCUAACAGUGCAGCCAGAAUAACAGUAAAGUAGCUGCAUUUGCAUUUGUUUAAGCUGUUUUCUAGUGACAUUUAUUUGGAUACAUCCAUAACAAUGAAGUAAUGAGGCGAGAUUUCACCUGGCAUGAUCAAAUGUUAAUAUUGAAACAAUGUUGCAAAUGUCGGAGAGACAGACAGCAAGGUUUAUACAAAUCUCCGCUGUUGAAAAACGAAAUGUUAGUCUAAAAGAAAUGUGAGAUAAUGUCUAGAUGCAUUUUAUAGUUUGCAUUUUUAUUUCAAGUUUAUAAAUUGCCUGGCUGGGCUGAUGAGACAGUGGAUUGCGCAGUCAUAUGGAACAGAGUAAAUAGACAUUUUAACGUCAUAGCCGGUGCUAAUUUGUGGAAUAGACACCUGCUGGAAUGCGGUUUUAACCAAUCAGCAUUCAGGAUUACCACCCAUUAUAUAAACACACACACACACACACACACUGAAGGAAGUAGCUACACUAGGGCAUGACUGUACACCCAACCGCUCAGCUACAGAAGCUACACAAGGGCAGGAUGCUGAUGCUGAUGUUGAACGUUCACAUUGGUAGAGAUGGGUGAGUGAUUUCAGGCAACGUUGUGAAUGCAGUAAGUACGAGCAGAGCUCCCUCUAGAGUUCACCCCAAUGUCUCCUCUCCUCUCAUCUCCUCUCCCUCCCACUCCCCUCUCUCCUCUCAUCUCUCUCCCACUCUCAUCUCUCCUUUUUCCUCUCUCCUCUCUCCUCUCCUCUCUCACCCUCUCUCAUCUCCUCUCCUCUAUCCUCUUCUCUCUCCCACUCUCCUCUCCUCUCUCUGCUGGUUCUACAGUCGUGGUCAAAAGUUUUGAGAAUGACACAAAUAUCUCUUCAGUUCACACACAGAGAAUGGACCAUAGUGAAUACGGUUGCUUCUCUUGAGUGUCUGUCUGUCUGUCUGCCCUGAAGCUGCCCUUUGUGUAUGUAUGUCUGUCUGCUCUAGAAGCUGCCUUGCUAAAUAUCAGUGGGCUUAGCGCCCCAGGCUUAAUUAAAAACAAUUAGCUUUGGUUUUCGUGGGCGACCAACAGGGAUGGGAGGAGGGCUAAUCUGGUCGUUAGUGUGACAGACCUUUUUACGUACACACACAAAUAUAUACAGUCGUGGUCAAAAGUUUUGCUGCCUCAGUUUUUAUGAUGGCAAUUUGCAUAUACUCCAGAAUGUUAUGAAGAGUGAUCAGAUGAAAUGCAAUUAUUUGCAAAACCAUGAAAAUGAAGUUAAUCCCCAAAAAACAUUUCCACAGCAUUUCAGCCCUGCCACAAAAGGACCAGCUGACAUCAUGUCAGUGAUUCUCUCGUUAACACAGAGAGUGUGGAGAGAGACACAAGACUGGAGAUCACUCUGUCAUGCUGAUUGAGUUAAAAUAACAGACUGGAAGCUUUAAAAGGAGGGUGGUGCUUGAAAUCAUUGUUCUUCCUGUUAACCAUGGUUACCUGCGAGGAAACACGUGCCGUCAUCAUUGCUUUGCACAAAAAGGGCUUCACAGGCAAGGAUAAUGCUGCUAGUAAGAUUGCACCUAAAUCAACCAUUUAUCGGAUCAUCAUGAACUUCAAGGAGAGAGGUUCAAUUGUUGUGAAGAAGGCUUCACAGGGCGCCCAAGAAAGUCCAGCAAGCGCCAGGACCGUCUCCUAAAGUUGAUUCAUCGGGGCACCACCAGUGUAGAGCUUGCUCAGGAAUGGCAGCAGGCAGGUGUGAGUGCAUCUGCGUGCACAGUGAGGCGAAUACUUUUGGAGGAUGGCUUGGUGUCAAGAAGGGCAGCGAGGAAGCCACUUCUCUCCAGGAAAAACAUCAGGGACAGACUGAUAUUCUGCAAAAGGUACAGGGAUUGGACUGCUGAGGACUGGGGUAAAGUCAUUUUCUCUGAUGAAUCCCUUUCCGAUUGUUUGGGGCAUCCGGAAAACACCUUGUCCGGAGAAGACAAGGUGAGCGCUACCAUCAGUCCUGUGUUAUGCCAACAGUAAAGAAUCCUGAGACCAUUCAUGUGGGGUUGCUUCUCAGCCAAGGGAGUGGGCUCACUAACAAUUUUGCCUAAGAACACAGCCAUGAAUAAAGAAUGGUACCAACACAUCCUCCGAGAGCAACUUCUCCCAACCAUCCAAUAACAGUUUGGUGACGAAUAAUGCCUUUUCCAGCAUGAUGGAGCACCUUGCCAUAAGGCAAAAGUGAUACCUAAGUGGCUCGGGGAACAAAACAUUGAAAUGUUGGGUCCAUGGCCAUGAAACUCCCCAGACCUUAAUCCCAUUGAGAACUUGUGGUCAAUCCUCAAGAGGCGGGUGGACAAACAAAACCUCACAAAUUCUGACAAACUCCAAGCAUUGAUUAUGCAAGAAUGGGCUGCCAUCAGUCAGAAUGUGGCCCAGAAGUUAAUUGACAGCAUGCCAGGGCGGAUUGCAGAGGUCUUGUGAAGCAGCUAACUUUGUGAAGACCAAUACUUGUGUCAUUCUCAAAACUUUUGACCACAACAUGAUAAAUGGGAUGAUAUUUGGGUUUAUUAAUUAGGGAGCUAUUUUGGGGUUCCAAUGAGCCCGCCACUCCUGUGAGACAUGCCCCUCUCUUCACCCCUCCCCAGCCCACCCCCUUUGUCCCAAUGUGUGUGUGUGUGUGUGCCGCCGUCUGCUCCUCUGGUUAAUGGCUGAUGACACCCACCCUGAUUCACACACACCUGCAAACACACAAUUGCAGACACCCACACACUUCUAGACACACACUCUUCCAGACACACAGACAUACUCAGACAUACUCAGAGGGAAGAGAGGGCGAUGUUCAUUAACUAUCCUAAGUCCAUUAGCCCCCCCGCCCCCCCUCUUUAAUCAAGGUCAGUGUAUGGGAAAUAGACAGCCAUAUUUAGCCUUUUCUAAUCUACCUUUAAGUACCUCACCCCUCCUCCCCAGGCCUCAGGGGACAUAUUACACUCAGUCAUACCUGGCCCUGACCGGUUACCUCGACUCUGCAGCACUAUCCUACAGUCUAUUUCUGACAUCUCAUCAUACACCAGCCAAGUGCGUAAUCUAUCCUUCCAUAUGAGGAUAGAUGGGCAUCUCAGAGAGAGGGAGGGACAGAGGGUGCCUGUGUGUGUGUGUGUGUGUGUGUGUGUGUUGGAAGGUGGUGUAGGAUCUGGGAUAGGAGAUAAGGAAAGGCCAAUGAUAUGCAGUUCAUGAGUUCACCUAUGGAGGGGAGGGGAAUGUGUACUCCAGCGGAUUAUCAUUUUGAUCAUUCUUGAACUCCCUCGCCUUAUCCUUGCGUUCCCGUUUCUAUUUGUCUCAUUGGGCUUCUUGCUCCCUCUACUUUUUUCUAUUCAAAUUGUGUCAUAGUCUUACUUCAGAUAAAAGCUUAUGAUAAGGAAAUGUUCUCUGUUUCAAUGUCUUCUGUUUUAUAUAGACCAUUAUGAGGCUGUAUGUACGAAGCAUCUCAGAAUAGGAGUGCUGAUCUAGGAUCAGGUCCCCCCUGUCCAUGUCAUCUUUUUCAUUGUGAUCUAAUAGGUGAAACUGAGCCUAACUGAGCACUCCUACUCUGAGACACUUGAUACAUAUGGCCCCAGAUAUUCUACCUAACUAAGCAUGUUGCCCUGUGUGCUGUGCUCUGCUGUGUAGGAGGCAGCGGAAGGUUCCUGUUCUGAAGGACCAGGUGAUGGAGGAGGCCCAGCGGAGGGAGCGCUUAGAGCAAAUCCAGGGCUUCAGGUUGGUGAGAGACACUGUGCUGGAACACCGCAGGCAGGAGCAGGCUAACAGGAAGGAGCUCAAGAGACGUCAGCUGGAGAUGUACGACGGCCUGCAGGUCAGCACAGGGUUAAUAGGGUUGUACAUAUAACGCACACGUACUUGCGCACGCAUACACACACACACACAACACAGAAAACAGAAUAACUACACAAACUGUAGAAAACGAUGAUUCAUACUGUUAUGACUUUGAGAGGAAAAGGGACAGGACGUGAUAUCAGUAGUCUUGCGAGCUGCUUGAUCACGCGAGCUUACAUGAAUGGGUCGCCAUUCAUGUAAGCUUGCGAGAUCAGGAGGCUCGCGAGGCUAGGAUAUCAGUUGACCGUCUCUCUUUCUCUCUGUCCUUCUGUCUCUUCCACCUUCUUUGUCCCCUUCCCCCUCUCUCUAUCCAGGUGGCGUUGGGAGCACAGCGUCAGAAUGUGCUGGCGGCCCGGGAGGUGUUCCGAAACCGGCUACUGGAGGCAGAGCUUCGUCGUCAGGAGAAGGAGGAGGUGGCUCUGGAGGCCGCCAGGCAGGUGGAGCUAGAGAAGAACGCCGCCCAGCAACCCAGCAAGCAGGCCAAGAGUGCCGGCAAGAAGAAGUGA